AUGCAGGUGAGUGACGCGGGGACAGAGUGUGUGUGAGCCGGGGAGAAUCCCCGCGGAGAACUGCUGGUUCGGCUGCAGAACCUCCGAGGUUCCUGCAUCGAUUAUUACAGUACGAACCUUUUCACUGCGAUCAAGUGUGGAGCUGAGGUGUUGCUGUGUGUGCAGGUGACUGCUGACUGACUGACUGACUGACUGUUUUCUCUGUGGUGAAUUGUUUUAGUUGAAGUUGGUUUGAGUGGAAUUUAAGGUUUUAUUGAAGUAAAGCUGAAUGUUUUUGCAGCUUGUUGUGAUUUUCGUCCCCUGCCUCAAUUUUCUUAAAAUGCAAAACAUUAAAGACCCCAGUUUUAUGGAGAUGAAUUUACUGUUUUGGCACAAAUGCAGAAGAUUUGACAGAAUAUGUCCAUGCAAAGCGUUUAAUGCAGUUUUUGAACCCAUUUCUUAUCAUGUUUGGUGGAAUUCAAGGUUUUAUUGCAGCACGUUGAAGUAAAGCUGAAUGUUUUUGCAGCUUGUUGUGUUUUUCAUCCCCUGCCUCAAUUUUCCUAAGCUGGAUAAAAUGCAAAACAUUAAAGAUCCCAGUUUUAUCGAGACGAAUUUACUGUUUUGCAGAAGAUUUGACAGAAUAUGUCCAUGCAAAAGAUUGUUUUUGCAGUUUUUAAACCCAUUUCUUUUUUAGACUUCUGGUCUCCCCUUUUUUUGAGCUUUGAAGAUGCAAAGAAAAGCUGCAAAUUUGAUCCAAACUGAAAUGUAAAAAGCAGAUUUAAAGAAGUUGUGGAGUCCGUCUUGUAAAAGGAUGGUGCUUUAGUCUAAAAACAAUGAAAAGCAAACAGAAUUGAAGGUGUGUUUGUCUGUUUUUAUGGAGAUACAUUUACUGUUUUGGCACAUAUGCAGAAGAUUUGACAGAAUAUGUCCAUGCAAAACUUGUUUUUGCAGUUUUUAAACCCGUUUCUUUUUUAGACUUCUGGUAUCCCUGUUUUUAAGCUGCAGAUUUGAUCCAAACUGAAAUGAAAAAGAAGCUGUGUAGUCCGUCUUGUAAAAAGGAUGGUGCUGUGGUUUAAAAACAAUGAAAAGCAAACAUAAGUGAAGGUGUGUUUGUCUGUUUUUAUGGAGGAGGAAUGAGACGUGCCCUCAAGACUGGCUGCUGUUUUCUUAUUUGCAUGAUGUACACUGAGCCCAGGUGUGUCCAGCUCCACUGAUUAACCUGCCAAUAGGUGUGCAGCCUGCAGACAGAGAGCAGAGCUACAGCAGAGGGUCUGUCACAAAUGUUUAAAGUAUUGCAGAAGACGCUCGGCACAAUCUCCCUGAGCCGAAUGCUUCGCCUUUGAAUCGCUCCUUUUGCCCGAAACGCAGAAAUUUUUCAUUUACUGUAUUUGAAGAGACAGAAAAGCAGAAAGUCUGCGAGUUAGAGGCCCUGGAAACAGACCAAAAUAUUCACUGAUUAUCACCGGAGUAUGUGUGUUGAUUUAUUUUGGAUCAAUCAGACGAUAUUUGCAGCUCUGCUCUUGCAGAAGUCAAAAUUUUCACCAAAAGCUCGUCUCCUUUCCUAACAAAGGCAAGAGAUUUGGUCGCUGAAAUGAUUUAUUUUGCGAAAGUCUGACUGUGAUUGGUUCUGAGUUUGAUCCAUAUGUUUGACAAGGUUACAUAACUCUUAUUAAUUAACCAGCUGUGUGUCUGAGACGUCAGAGCGUGUGUGAUCUCUCUGCCGCGACUCCAAACUUCAAAGUCAGCUGCAGUUUACUCGAGGUCAAACGGCUGAGGAGACUCUCGAAGGACAAACUCCUCACUUUUGUUCACGCUAACGUGUUGACAUCGAACCCAGACAGCGCUGUCGAUGAUUUGGACCUUUGCAGAGAGACAAAAUUGGUGAUUGAGACCAUAAACGUUGGGUUUUUUAGCUUUGAUCCUCAUUUGAUGUGGGGUCAAAGUUAGGAGUGCUCUGAAGCAACCACCACCCUCACUGGGAGUUUAAUUCUUGUGAACCAGCUGAUCUAAUAUUAAGAAAACAUAAUUGAGGACAAAUUGUUGAUUCUGGAUUUCCUAAAACACGGUCAUAUUUGUCUCGUCUCGGACUGACCGGCGCUCCGUUUCUGUUGACCUGUUGGUCAGGGUGAUGAAAUAACUUCGUCAUGAUGCAGAUGUCUGAAAGGUUUUGUCAGGUCCGUCUGAAACAUGAGACAGAAAAACAACUCUGAAAGGUUUGUGCUUUGAAUGGAGUCGAGACAAACCAUUUCUGAUGCAAUCCGAGGAUGUCUGGGUACUGAGUUUGGAUCCGCUGUUCCCUGAUCCUGGAUGGUGUCUUGACACACAUCCUGUACAGUAGAAGUUGAAGAUUUGAUGUUCUCACAGGAUUUCACCCACUCCUUCAGGACUAAAGCAAAAAUGAAUGUUUAUAUUUGGAUCAAAUGAAGCCAAACUCAGAUCAGGUCUGUCCUGUGCAGAGAAAUCCGUCCUGCUCUGUCUGUCUGUCUGUCUGCAGCGAUCCUUCAUGUGGUGAAUAUGCAAAACGAGGCAGAGAAACAGCUGCUGUUUGCCUCUCAACAAGCUGGCUGUCGUGUAGGCAGGGACCGUGUAUUGAUCGCCUCAUGAAACUGUGUUUCAGUGGAAAGAACUAUCACACGCUGACAGACUGUGCGGCUGUAAUGAGCAGCUCACACAGAGUCCUGCAGAGAGGAUUUACAAGCUCCUGAAACUGUUUACAAGGUUUGAGUUAAUAUUGGAAGAGCUCAGGCAAAACAUGUCCACCUGCUGACACUCAGACGCAGUGUGUGUCUGCGUGUGUGUGUGUGUGUGUGUGUGUGUGUGUGUGUGUGUGUGUGUGUGUGUGUGUGUGGUACCUCUGUCUAUGUAUCUCAAAUGGUGAACAUUUCUCUUAAUCAGAUCCAAAAAGCGUCGUGUUUUUAUCGAUUUUUUUCCUUUUUUAGCAUCAUUAUAGAUAAAACAGAGAGGUCUCGUUCAGCUGACUCUCUGUGUUCAGUUUUCUGAUUCCUCUUUAAACAAUCUAAUGAACAAAUGAAAAAUAGGAAUAUUGUACAGUAUUUAGCAGUCCAUGCUAACCCCGCCUGUUAGUGGGGUGACGGCGACCUUUGAGCUCAUGUGACGCAUGAGAAGUCUGAUCCUCCAAUUGUAAAUUUUUCGCAGUAAAACGAAUUCUACGUCACUAAACAGCCACGUCUUUUGUUUUGUGUAGCUAGCCUUCUAGCCCAUUUUGUGCAAACUUGCAGAUGCUGCCUCUGCUUUUUACGCAAGUAAAAAAAAAGGCUCUUAUGCAGCGAUAACUAAACUCUUUUUUUAUACUCAGGUGAUAACACACUAAGUCUGAUAAUCUUAAAAAUGCUCUGUCCAGUUUCUACCAACUAUGUUCCAUCAAAGCAGCCAAAAACCACGCACUGUACCUUUAAUUUUGGAUGUAUAACAGCUGUUUUUAUUUGGAGAUGCAGGAAAAUUAAAGCGGUGACUUCUCUGAGAUCAAUAUAGUUUUAAGUUAUAUCUACUUUACCUUUCCAAUGUGCAGCAUUUCAUUGUCUUAUGGAGGGACUUGGAUUGUGUUUGAACAGUGAAAAAAUCAUAAAUAUCCUGUUUUUAUUUCUAACGCCAUAAUGCCAUAUUAGAUUUCCUCCUUUAUAUAAUAAUACUAAAAAAACAUCUUCUUGAACCUGACAGAUGCAGGAGUCACAUGCAGUGUUAAAAAAUUAUGCCAUUUGUGACGCAGAGUUUGUGGACAAAGUUGUGAGAAGAGUAUCAUACCGUUUUGUUUGUUUGUUUGUUUACACUAAACGUCAUUAAAUAGAUAAUUGCACAAAAAUGGAGGGAGCAUGUCCGAUAUUAUGCAGCGUUUACUUCAGUGUGACGUAAAUUUGACGCUCUUCGCUGUAUUUAACGCUCUGCGGCCUCCUGGUCAUUAAAUAACGUAGUAGCAACUGUGGCAACGUCCAAUCACUCUCAGCGCUGAGUUUGCAUCUAUUUUAAGGAAAACAAAUCACAUCUACAGAUAUUUCAGAUGUACUUUUCUCAGAUGGGAGUUCGAAGAGCCCCCACUGUGCAGAAACUCAGAGUCACACCUCUACAUUCAUGUCUACACGCUGCAGUUGUGUUUGAUUCUGUGUGUUUUAGUUCUGUUGUUGCUUUUCUGCUUCAUUAGUGAUUAAAAUCAUCGUCUUCUUCAACAAAACGCUCCAUCUGAACUAAACUGUAACUAUCUCAGCUUCAUUUUUGGAGGAAAUUAAAGGUGCAGUUCCUAAAAAAAUCUGUCUCAGGAUUAAAAACACUCAGAUUUAGUUCUUGUUUGUUAGAAUAAACGUAAAUAUUUCACAGUUUUCAUCCUGUGGUUUCGUUUGUACUCGACUCUCUCGAUGCCCUCACGCUGGAGUCAGAGGUGUUCCCUCGACAUGAAGCCUUUCACACAUGCCAUUAUGUUUGGAAGAGGAAAUAAAUGUCCGACACUCCCCCUCCACAAGGUGAAUGAUAUCUUUCAUCUCUUAUUAUUAAUAUUUGUGCGGCAGAGUCAACACCCCUCCUGCUCCUCCUCCUCCUCCUCCUCCUCCUCCGUGUCUCAGGAAGCCGCAGAUAUUCCUCAUCGUUGUUUUCCUUUUUUUUUUUCCAGCCCUCCUUUAUUUGUCUGCCAGCGAGUGAUUAAAAUGUGCCUGCUGUGCCUCAGAGGAAACACACGGCAGAAAACAUCAGCAGCUGAGCCCACAACAUGAGGACCUUUGUUACAUGCUGAUGAGCUCGACACGGACACACAACCCCGAGAACUCUGGGAAAACAUGUCGCGCUGAGACCCCCCCAGCCGAAACCAACAAAUGAGCCGUCAGGAAUUAGUUUAUUUUACGAUGACAAACACCGACUUUAACCCGAAUUCAACUCAAUUUAUCAGAGAAAUGGAAAUUCUGCUUUUUCUAGUCGGAAAGUUUUUGAAUUUCUGAAGCCGAUUUCUUACAGGAGGGGGACGAAACUGCUGUUCCAGUUUACAGAGGGGGGGUUUAAGACUUUACAUGAGAGUGAUUAAGUUUUAAUCAAUUCUAAAAUGAUUUCUGUCCAUCUCUGACAGUUUCACACACUUCUGCAGAUCAGCUGACACCCUCAGAUCGAACAGGCUCAGUUUUUAGUUUAAGAAAUUCAAAGUUUUCUGAAUUUAGCAGAAGUUCGCUGCAAACAUUUACUCUGUAAAACAUGCAGAAAUGCAGAUUUACGGAGGAGUUACAGGUCUAAGUUGAUAUGCAUCAUUUUAUAUGGACUAUGCAGAGCUUUUUGAACAUCGUGGUCUCUGAGUUAAUGAUGGAAAUUUAGUAUUUUGCACAUGCGCACAGUUCUGAAAUCUUCUAUCGGUCGUUGAGUCGCCCGACGCUGUCGUCUGGGCCCGAAUUUAAACACUCAUGGUUCUCGUUCUCUGUGGCUCUGUGGUAGAAUCAAGCUGGACUCAGUGGAGGAUGUGGUGGAGAGAUCUACACUGAGGAAUGUGGAGACUAUUCUCAAGAACAUGGAUCACCCACUUCACAACACCUUGAUGGACCAAAGGGCCAAUGGUGGUGAACUGCUCCUCUCUCUUCGCUGCAGGACAGAAAGAUUCAGAAGAUCUUUUGUACCAACAGACAUCAGACUUUAUAAUUCUUCUGUAAAUAAUAGAUAACUUUUAGAGACAUAUUACGUGAGACAACAGACUAUUGAAUUUCUCUUCGGGGAUCAAUAAAGUUCUUCUUAUUCUUAUUCUUGUUCCUAAAAUACUCAAACUGUAAAAGAAUACCAAAAGGAAAUAAUAAAAAUAAUCAUCAAAUAUUUUAAUCUUUGCUUUAAAACCCCCAAACUGAUUAAAAUAUGUAAAAUAUUUACAGAAACGGUCAAAGGUGGAGAAUGAAGCAGGUGAAAAAUCCACCAAACUGAGUCAAGCUUUGUUUUUAAGAUGUUUUUUUAGACUUUGUUUCACACACGUGCAGAGGGACCAUGUCUGCAUCCAUCCUCGUGCGCUCGACUGAUUAUUUUUUCAGAGUUUCAAAGAGAGAGAGUCAAACAGAUCUGUUUUUGUAACAUCUGUCAAACCCUGAAAGAAGGCGUCGUCUCCGACUGUCCUGAUCAGCCCGGCGCUCUCCCACAGGGCCAGACGCUCCACCCCGGGGUUUGGGAGGAAGAAAUUGUGCAUUUCUGGAGGUUGCUCAUUGUGCAGGGUCAUUAAGGUCCCUGACUGUAAUCAAUAGCAAUGUCAGUAGGUGGGAUACAGACGAGAAUGCUAACCAGAGUGUGUGUGAGACAGUGUGUGUGUGUGUGUGUGUAUCAGUGUCUCUGGCAGAGGUGGAGCAGCCUUUCAUGCGAUGAUGGAUUUGCUCUCAGAUGUGGGCUUUUGAAUCCAGACACGGUUUGCAGUGAUAAACAGGCAUUAGACUAAUCUUCAUGGGCUUCACGGUGCAGGAAAAGCAGCAUCGAACAUUCCCGUCACUCGGUGAUGAAUGGAGUGUGCCGCCGUCAUCAAAGUCUAUCUGCAUGGCUGACAGUGAUUUUUGUCAGUUUGGGGUCAUUUUCUCGCUGCAUGUAAAUGAGACGCUUGUUAUUUUAGUUUUCUGCAGGUUGAGGCCGGGUGAUUGGAGCGAUUGUUUGGAGGCUCCGAAUGCAGCAGAGCAUCACUGCGGGCCAUUAGAGCUGCAGAGGAGGGUUUGAGAAGUGUGUCUGCUGACAUUAGAAAGCGGCGUCAGUGCAGAGUAAUGUGGGGAAUUAUUGCAGGUAAGGGCUGCAAACUGAAACUGCAGAGAAGUCAGAGUGAGACGCUCAUGAGCUUAAAACUAGGAGCCAAUCAAGACGAGUUCACCCUCAGCAGUAGAAGUUUCUGUAGAAGAACUUUUAACUCGAUUUUAAAAAGUUUCUCGCUUCUCCUGAUAGAUCUGUGUCACCUACAACAGCAAAUGAGCCAAUCAGAGGGAAGAGGAGAUAUUUCUAAACAGUGUAACUCCUACUUUCGACAUUCGUUGGUCGGGUCGCCCAAUGACAAAACGAUUUACGAGCGCGUAUCGACAGCACCGCGUAUCACGCAGCAAACAGGUCGCCAUUCCAGUCAAUAAAGCAAAGCUGCAGGACGCAUCGCAGCUCUGUCGCAGCAUCGUAUCGAGAGCAGCUCUGCUAAAGAUACGUGGCGAAGCUAUUUUUGCUGCUCUACGUUUCCAAUGCACGUCAAUCUACAGAGAGAAGAUCUAGUAGACAGGAAGUCAUGCAUGUCAUCCGGUAUUUGCAUGCAUGUCAAUGAGCUCAAUACGGAUCCUGUAUGUUUUCGGCUUUAGACAUGAGAGGAAACAACUCCGAAACAAACUCCACGUCAGACCAAAGACCUCGUAAGUGUCCUCACGACAGGACGCGCAAGAGCUCAUGGGAAAUGCAGUCAUCAUUCCGGCCAAACACUACAGCUUUUGUCCAUAGUGGCCGCCAAAUGCAACGGAAAAUGAAAACUCCUUUCAGCUGCUUUAAGAGAUCAUGAUAAAUUCAGAUUCAUUUUAAUUUCUGAAAAGUUUUGUGCAGCUUUUUUCCUUUAAACUUCAAACUCUUUCAAAGUCCAUCGAUCUGCGACAGGAUGCUUCACAAACGUUUUUACAAAGACCUGCAAAAAGACGAGAGAUGACUGAGCCCCGUCUUCUAGGAUCACUCUGAUCUUCAUCUACACGUGUGCAGAAGAACUUCCUUUAACAGGCAGAAACCUCGAGCAGAACCCGACUCACGUUAGACAGUCAUCUGCUGAGACUGAGCUGGAUGAAUUGUCUUGAACCUCUUUUAGCUGACGUAUCAUAUCUGCAGGUUCAUCCCAGAGCACAGCCCCGCCGCUCGGGUCAGAACUUUGUUUUUCCUGAUAUUUAUGGAGGUCAGCGAGCUGUGCAGCGAGGUCGGGUGUGACGUCUGACAAGUGUCUGUGAGGGAAUCGUACUUCUUGUUGCGGGGAUUAAAAACAUCAACAGCAGAGAGAGAGAGAGAGAGAAAGAGAGAGAGAGAGAGUGUGGUCGUGCCGACACUCUCCUCCUCAUAAUGAGCUCAGAUCCUCCUACAAUGGACAGAGAGCUCUCUGCAGGAGGACUGAGCCUGAGGGCUUUAAUGCCAACCUUCAACCUAAACCUCCAUCAGCAUGCGGCUAAAUCACCUCCUUAUUUUCAUAAAUCUCUCUCCUUCUGCUGCUCCGUCACCUCCCGAGUCACACGGAGAGGCCGCCAUUCACUCUCAUUUCCUCACUCUCUGAAUCAGCAAACUUUAUCCACCUGAAAGACCUUUUUCUCCAGCCCUCCUCCUUCCUCUCUAAAUGCUCACUUCUUCCAUGCUGCGUUCCAAUUACUCCACGCUGUCAUAAAGCCGGACUGCUACGCCUUAUCGCUCCUGCAGGAGAGAGGGAGCGGGCUUCAGCCGGGCUUAUCAAAAUGCUAAUGUGUUUGAAAGGAGACAUUAGUCUUCCCGAGGAAAGGAGGCUGGGAAAAAGUGCAUUAUUAAACAGCCGCCUGUUUCAUCUUGUAAAAGUGGCACUAUCUCCCCUCUGCAUUGCCACAUGUUCCAGCUUCAGCCUUCAGCACAUCCUUCAUUCCCAUGCAGAGGCUGUUUUUGUAGGAGCCCAAUGAAAACUGCUCAGCAUCCUCCAUCUCUGUGGAGAAGAAGAACUUUCAAAUUGAAAAACCCAGGAAGGGGAAAUGGAAACAUGAGAAGCUGGGUGUCUCUUUUUUUGGGACAUGAAGGACCUUUAGAUAAGCGACAUGCUGCUGAUGGUUUGGAGAUGCUCUUUGCAAAAGUUGGCUCGAUAAUUACGCCGGCGUGUUUCGGCUCUGCUCGCUCUAUUUCCCCGAGAAAAGAAGGUUUGAAAUCUGCAGAAUUUCAGCUUUAAUGGCGGAGUGAAGGGAGGCUGCGUUCUGCUAAAUUUACCAACCGAAUCAGGAAAGAGGCGCGAUUCAGAGUUUGUGACGCACCUGCAAUGAGAAAGACUUCAGACUGUUUGAAGUCGGUUUAAAGAGGCGCCGAUGAAAGCAACAAAGAGUUGUUGUUUUUGCAGAACACGUAGGACAACUUGACCAAAGUAUCCAACAACAUUACAGACACACACUCUGCAGAAUCAGACUCUGUUUUAAUAACAAAAAACUAAGGAUUGACCGAUAUGUUUUUUUUAGGGGACAAUACCGAUUACUGUAUUUUUCGCACUUUAAGCGUACCAUCAAUGAUCGUGUCUAUUAGCGUCUAUUUUUAUACACAAGGCGCACCAGAUUAUAAAGUGCAUUAAGCCACACACAAUGCGCCAACAAGCCACCAGGCUGUGCGGCUCCGUAGCUUACCGAAGUCUUAAUAAAAUAUUUUGACAGAUUUCAAAUAGUCACUCCAUAUGGUCUGAAAAGUGCAAAAAGCUGAGUCGCUCUGCCUUGCAAUGUAUACGAUAAUAUUAGGGCUGGGGCAAAUUGUCGAUUCAUUGCUAAUACUCGGCGCACGUGAGCUCCGCCAGUCUGAAGUAGAGCUACGUAAGAAGAAAUCUCAUUUUUAAAGUGUGGCGGCUUUUAUUUAACCGUGGCGGUGCGCCACAAUCGAUCGUAUAAAGGGAAAACGCUGUUAUCUAGCGCCGUGUCUUACUCAGCGAUGUAAACAAACACUGUUGACAGCAUUAUGCCGACCACGGCCCACAAUGCGUUGCAACAUCACAUGCCUUUUCGAGCCCUUUUUAAAAAAAAUUAUUAUCAUUAUUGUUAUUUUAUUAAUACAACAUAUUUUUGUUACAUAACAUAUUUUACGACAAAGCUUAUUGGCUGUCCUAAAAACAUAUCAAACCUUUUAGAAAAUUAAAGGAAAACUUUAAAAAUUCACGUUUUGUUUGAUUUCAGGGGAUUUUUGAAUAAAUCAUUGAAUUGAAUACUAAUAGGACACAUUUUUAAUUUUUAUUAUUAUUUUUUUUUAUUUUGGCAAAAUUUAUUGUUAUAUUAAUUGGUCAUUAAAAAAAUAAUUGUUAGAUUAAUCAAUAAAAAAAUAACAGUUUGGUGCAGCCCUAGAUAAUAUUCAUAACAAGGUCCAAAGCAUGCAGAUAAGACAUGGACUAGAUUCUGGACUGUCUGAAAUCUCCUUUUGAGCCUGAGCAGCUGGAUCUGGUGAGUCAGUCUUAAAUCCUGCAGCUGGUUUUUCACUCUCAGAUUCUACUUGAUGAUGUUGUAGCACAUGUAGAUGUUCCUGGUGUGGAUGCAGAUCAGUUUCACUUAAAUCCGGUUUCUAUAUCACGGCGUUAAAUCCAAACAGAUCCGUUAUUUUACAGCGAACAGCCUCACGGUGAGUUUGUUUGACAGCAGCAGAGCGCUUUAUUUACCACUCAGUCAACAGUCGCUCUGCAGAAACUACACAGGCUGACUUGCAAAUCUCUGCACAUAUGUUUCUGCUGCACACACACAUAAACACACUCACACACACACACACACUCUCACACACACACACACUGGGCACCCUGUUAGAGGGUUUCUCAUGCUGUUUGAUGUUGUUUCCUAGCUGGUCCUCGGUUCAGCUUUGGCUCGGUGCAGAUGGAGUCUGGCAUCACAACACGCACUGAACACAGGAGAUAAGUUGGACAUCUCCCUCAGCUGGCCUCGUGUGAGAGUGUGUGUGUGUUCAUGUGUGUGUGAUGAGUGUGUGUGGUGGAGGGGAACAGCAGCAUGCAAAAUGCUAGCUGCACUUCAAAGGUUUCUGCCGUGAUACAAACAGAGGCUCAGUGUCUCUGCCAGCAGAGACCACUGCUAAUGCUGUGUGUGUGUGUGUGUGUGUGUGUGUGUGUGUGUGUGUGUGUGUGUGUGUGUGUGUGUGUGUGUCUGAUCUCCCUAAGACUCUUACUCAGCUAGCCUGAAGGCUGACACCUUGAAAUCCACCCAGUAAAUUACUGAGCCGUCUCCUCGCAGACAUCUUUUAGUUCUGUGCUCGGCUUCAUCCAUGAAGUGAUCCACACACACACACUUUAUAUGAGACCAUAGAAGGUCUGCUCACACACACACACACAGACACACACACACACACACACACGCUAACACAAUAUGUCUGUAAAGUGAAGUUUUCAUGCCUCUCCUCGGAGGUUUUGAAAACCUUCUGUUCGGUAAUUUCAACCAGCUCACAAAUAUCAGAUGUGGAUUUCAGCUCUUGGCAGCUCCGAUCUGUUUCACUGGCUGAUAUUUCACUUCUAACUUUAACAACAAUGAGCAGAGGAGGCCGUUUUACCCGGCAACAGGAAGCUUUUUAUUCUGCAGACGGAUAUUUUUAAUUUAUCGUUUUGAGAUAAGAUAUAACAGCAUGACUAGUCGAUUUUUAAUCUGAUAAUUUAAUUAUGACAAUGUUAAACAAAAUAAAAUCGUCAAGUUGAUUUUCCUCUCUAUCAUGUCUCGCACCUCCAGGCCACCGUAGGCUCCUCCCCCUUCCUGCAGUUCCCACACACCAGUGUAAACAAACAUGGCGUUCGCAAAAGAAGGCGAUAAUUUCGUGGUUAAAUAGGACAAGAGCGAGUCAGUCGUGUUGAAUUGGUACGACUUCACAGUUUCAGAUGAAGAGUAAACCACUCCCCGCUGCAAAGUCUGUCUGAAGGCGGUAUCAACCCGUCACCAUGGAAACGAAUUCAGGAGGAAACGCUCAAGUUUUUUGUCGUAUCAGCGUUUCAUCCACAUGAAAACUUUGUAAGACGAAUUUCGUGUUGGAUUACAGACUUUUAGAAUCAGCAUCUUCUCAUCCAUCGUGACUUCGGGUUGAAACGACGUCUAUAAACCUUUCACUUGUUCAUCCCCGCCCGUUUGCAUGGUGUGAAAUACGAUCUUCCUGGGGGUUACAGCGCCACUUACUGGCUUGGCAUAUGCACUACAUCGUUUUCAGAGGUUUGGUUUUGAGAGAUGAUAGAAAAACUUAUUUUUAAAGUGAAGUUUGGUGAAGUUGUCACUGAAUAAAAAAUCUAAAGUCGAGUUUUCAGAGAUUUCAUUUUUGGCUGAAAUCGUGCAGCCCUGGACGUCACUGAUAAAACUGUAACAGAAAUGAUGAAAAAUCUUCAAACUUUUCCUCGUCUUCUAAAUAAAACACACCACUGUGAGUCUUCUUCCUCUUCUGAAAAUGAUCUUUUCCAAUUUCGCUCAAAUCUGCAGCUGAAUUUCCCUCCUCCACUCGUCCUCCUUCACCUGGAGAGUCCAAAAACCCUCUGCGCCCUCCUCUCCAUCCUCCUCCUCCUCGCUGCUCUGUGGGUGUUUUAAUGUGUUAUAAAUGUAUUUUGGUCCUGUGGAGUUGCUUUUUUUUUUUUUUUUCUUCCUCCCUGUUUUUAAUUAAGCACAUACACUUUUGCUUCCAGCUUCUGUGUGAGAUCUUAACUGAGCAGCACUGAGAGUUUCUGGGCAACAGAAGAAUCGUUUCCACCUUCUGUUCCUCCUAAACGGACGACAAACUGAGCUCCAGUCUCUGAGUGUUCAGUUGGGAUUUUCUCCUCUCGAGUAAUCCUCGAGAUGGAGCAUCAUCUUCAUCCUGCUGCUGACUGAUACGCUACAUGCACACAAACAUGUCAGACGCACACACACACACACACACACACACACACACACACACACACACACACACACACACACACACACACACUGCUUCAUUUAUCUCCUGUGAGACCAAUUACCCAUCUACUCAAUAACUGGAACUGCCACAGCUGUCAGUGCCAGCCAUGCCACGCUGCACACACACUCACACACACACACACACAUACUCACACAUGCACACACAUAUACGCACACACACACACACAAACACAGGCUCAGUAUUCUUGUAUCUGUGUGAGGUAGAUUUAUUUUCAGCCAUCAUUACAUGGAGAAGUCAGACCGGUAUGAAGCAGGAAGACUUCAUGACGUGCAGGUUCCUGCCUCCGUGAUCCAGAAGAACACCUGAAACCAAAACAGGCGCCGCUAACAAAGAGGAAACUGAGCUUCCUGAAAACAUCGGGAUACUCUCAAACUUCACUAUCUGCAAUAUAACUUUUCCUCUGAGGUUUAAAAAUCGUCUAAAAAUUGAUUUUCUGUCGAGUCUGCAGGAGUCAGCGGCUCAAUUAAACUGAAAAGACAGAAUUCUUAAUUUAAACAUUGACAAAGAAAAACCUCUGAGCAUAAAAACAAAGUAGAUCUGGUUGAAAUUCAUCUUAAAUGCAGAAACUCAUAAAAAAUACUCAUAUUACGCUGACUCCAGCUGUAGGAAGCGUUCGUAGUUUUGGCGAGACGUUGCAUCAGUUUCCAAAAAUACCUGAGCGAGCGCUGUCAGGUUGAGUUGUGAUGACUGAUAAAGUUUCUGCAGACUUUGGUUAUAAGGAGGAAAAAAAAGGGGAAAAGCAAUCCUAGAUUAUAAAAAAAACAAUCCAACUUUUAUUCAUCUUCUUCACACAGAUAUGAGUUUUAGUUUCAGAUCAACAAACUGAUGCAGGAUGAGAGCGACGGUGACAUCCCAGAGAUCCCAGCUUCACUGUUUACAUGGAGGUUAAAUGAAGCAAGAUAAUCAUGAGUGCAUUUUGAAGAAAACUAGAGAUGUCUGCAGAGUCGUAAGAAAGGCAGAGGAGAUCUUCAUUAGGAGGAGUGUUCUGCAAAUGCAUGGAUGAUGCAAAACCAGAUUUACAUGCAAAAGUCCAAAACAAUCCCAACACAGGAAAUGCACUUUAGAUAAAGGGAUAUUCCAGCGUAAAAUCAAUUUAGGGUCAAACACACCGUAACGCCGAGUUAGACCCCCCCUCCAGAGAUGAAUGUUGCCGACCGCUUGCUUCUCUAGUUAUACCAACUUUAGUAACGACCGCAGGAUAGUAAUACAGAGAGACACGCCCCCAACCAAAACGCCACUCUAUAGCCACAAAUAAUGCUCAGAACAGCACCUAACUUCAUCAACAGGACAUAUAGGGUCACAGACAUAGUACUAGACAACAAACAUCUUUUUAACUUUGACUAAUUUCUUUAGCAAAGAGACUAAACACAACUCACCUACUCUCUUCCAGCAGCCGCUUGUUUGUAGCAAGACCUCAGGCCAGUCCAUUACGGACUACAGCGGGGUGACUCAGCUCAAGGAAGAACAUUUAUGAUCAUUUCUUCAUGGAAAUACAAUCAGACCGAGACGCUAAGGCAGAAGAACUACAGCGUCUGCAAAAUGAUUAAUAUGGUGAUUAUUACUUCAAGGAAAUGAUAAAGUAAUGAUCAUAAAUGUUCUUCCUUGAGCUGCGGCACCCCGCUGUAGUCUGUAAUGGACUGGCCUGAGGUCUCGAAGUUAGGUGCUGUUCUGAGCAUUAUUUGUGGCUAUAGAGUGGUGUUUUGGUUGAGUGCGUGACUCUCUGUAUUUCUAUCCUGCGGUUGUUACUAAAGUUGGUCUAACUAGAGAAGCAAGCGGUCGGCAACAUUCAUCUCUGGAGGGAUUGUCUAACUCUGUGUUACGGUGUAUUUAACCCUAACUUGAUUUUAUGCCUGAAUAUCCCUUUAAAAAGUUGUAGACACAUAAUGAUCAAGAGAAAAUGAGCUUUAAGAGGACAGACAUGGAGAUGGACUGCAAAUGCUUGCUACUAGUCUAGAUUUAGGGUCCUGCUGGAGGACUUUAAGGCUAAUAGGGAGUUUUUAGUUCACAGUUACAGAAAAACCUCAAACUCUAAAACUCACAGGGAGUCGGUGAAGGGCAGAGAGGACUGGUGUUAAAAGGUCGCCUCUAUGCUGCGUGUUCAAACCUGGCAGCAGCAGCUGAAGUCUUUGGAUGGAGAGUUUGCUGACGCAGAAUAAAGAGCAUUACAGUCGUCCAGUCUGGAAGAAAUAGGUGGUCUAAUAUGUUCAGUAUCUCAUAUCUCCAGUUAAGGUUAUUCAUGCAUUUGCAGCUCAAGAGCAACCCCCGUUUUUUUACCGUGGAGAUGUUCAACAAUCCUCCAGUAAAAGUGUUUUUUAGUCACACUCUGAAUAAAUUUUAUCUCUAAAUAGACUCUGCUCUCCUCUGAUUUAGCAGGAUUUAUUCUGGUCAGGCCAUAAUUAUUCGGAGUAUUAGCGGUCCAUGUAAACAUUGCUCACGUCUCUCGGCUCCAGCAGCAUCCUCGGGCCAAAAAACUGUGAGCUUAACUGUAAAAAAUGACCAGCAGAUGGGAGGUGAAGUUUUGGCGCUGAUAUCAGAUAUUUGGAAAUGCUCAGCGGCUGCACCUGAAGCUCUGAAACGUCGGCUGUUACCUUCAUUAAUUUUAAUCGUGGAUAAUUCACCACCCGGGGGACGCCACCCUCUGCACAGGUGUGAACACCAAGGACACGGGUGUGAUGAUUUAACAUUUCAUUUGGCCGCUUAAACGACAUGAAAGGCGCAGCUUGUUUGGUGUCACAUUGUGCACUUACUGUACAAAUAUCCUGGCUACUUUAUCAGGUGUUUCUGUUUCUGUGUGAGGGAGAGGGAGCGAGCGAGCGAGAGACUGUGUGACCAUCUGUCUGGUGAGAAAAUGUGCAGCGAAUAUUUCUGCUGGUCGGCAGAAGCUGUAAACUGAGAUAUGUUUGAUUUUUGUUUAUAUACAGGUUUAGUUUUACCCCUGCUUAGAUAUCACACCAGCGCUAAUCGUUGUCACGGUUACGCCUUUGCAUCGGUGAAAACAUGGCUUUCCACUUGUUUCGAAUGCGACAUCUCAAGAAUGCACGCUUGAAAUUUCCUUAAACUUGGCAGAAACUUUGACCGAGACUCAAAGAUGAUCUGGUACAAAUUUGGUGGUCAUGGGUCAAAGGUCAUCACAAAACGCCCCUUUUUAUUAACAGUUAUUCGGAAGGCCUGAAUGUUUUAAAUCCCUCGGCACACAGUUAGGACAUGUUACAACAUCAUAUCAUGUUGAUUAGGGCUGAAACGAUACCUCAAUUACCGUGAUUAUAAUUAAUGAUUGAGGAAUUUUCAAAUACUCGAGGAAUCGUUAAUAAGCUCAAACCGUCACUGUUUCGCACAGAUUAUUUUCAAGGUUACAUCACCGCAGUAGAAGAAGGAGUGAGCGUGGUUUUGGGUUGCGGAUUGGAAAAAAUGAAUGACGAGGGGCGCUUUACUUCUGCAGAGCUCCAGUAGCAAUUCGCUUCUGAGAUAGCGCUGCUCUGCACACUCCUCUUCACGCUAGUUUACACCCUAACCUGGGAUUUCCACCGCAUCUGGAACGGCAGCUGUCCGCCAACCCCUACCGGAUCCGUUUGUGAGGUGAAUUUCGUGGCGGAUUACGGACAGCAGGAAUUACGAGAACUCAGAAGAACCUGCGGAUUCACGUGCAAUCGCGCCAUAACAAGUUGUCUCUCUAAAGACAGACACAUAGACAUAUAAGCAGUAGAUUGUGUCCUUCCAAAGAAGGAAAUCUACUUCUAGACUUCUAGAAUCAGCAUCUCCUCAUCCAUGGUGUCAUCGGGGUGAAAUGACGUCUAAAAACCUUUCACUUGUUCGUCUCCGCCCGUUUGCAUGGUGUGAAAUACGAUCCUCCUGAAACACGGAAUGUUUUAUUUUGAAAAGAAGACGGAUGUUUUAUUUUGUGUCUGUGCCCGACUUCCUUUCCAGCACGGGUUAAUCUGUGCUGAAUUUAUCCGCCAUGCUCUAGCAUCCGGAAAACAUACUACUCUUGCGAUCAGCUGUGGAGUCCGGCGAUCCGCAGAGGAAUGGAAAGAAGCCGGCGGAAAUUGACACGUUAACUUGAAUGGUUACGAUCAGCUAUGAUCUGCGGAUACGACCUUUUAGUAGCCGCUUAGGAUUUGGUGUAAAUUGAAGGUACCAUCACUGGUGUUAUAGAAGUAGCAGGUAACAGAGGAGCUAUUCAGCUCUCGGACACUAAUGUCUUUAGGGACACAAUAAAUGUUAAUAUCACAAUUAACUUUCUUACGAGCAUUGCAAUCUGCGAUCGUCCUCUCUACUUCUCUGAGUCUGGCCGUCAUGGCGGGGCUCCGGGGGUGGAGCUUAGAUUUGUGAUGUAGGAAAUCUCACUGUGUCUGAACCUGCUGUUUCGGUCCGAUUACUCGAGUAAUCGAUAGAAUAUUCGUUAAAAAACUCGAUAGCUGAAAUAUUGGAUAUCUGCAGCUCUAAACAGGAUGAAAAGAACUGCAAGUCAUGCUUGUGCAGAGUCAGAGCUGCACGGCUGUGUUUUUGGGCUCGUAUCUGCGCUCCCUCUUUCUCUCUCUCCAGCUGUUUUGGCAGAUUUGGAGCUCUUCAGAUUUUGAGAGGGUGCCAAAUAAAUUCGAGUAGCAAUCUUCUGCAGAGCCGGUCCAAACCUGAAGUUCAGGUCAUUCUGCAGUGAGAACACGAUGGAAAAGGAGGUUUAUUCUUUACCAUAGAGUUAUAUGUAAUUUUUGAAUAUAUUCCAGAUAAAGUAAAGUCCAUCAUUGAGGCGCUGCUGUACUAUAAACCCUCGUCUGAGUCUCUAAAGCAGCUGUCUGUUUUGGAUGGUCGUCUGUGAUGGAGGCCAAACAUGAGCCUCGCUGACAUAAUCUCUGUGGUAGCAGCUAAUUAGCUGUUGGUGCUAAACUGCUAAACUGUGUGACUAAACUGUGAGUCAUGUUGGACCACAGCACUCUGAGUGUGUGUGUGUGUCUGUGUGUGUGUGUGUGUGUGUGUGUGUGUGUGUGUGAGCGCGCUCCGUGUCCUGGCCUGACUCUGUUUAUCUCCGACUUCACACAGACGGUCAUUUCUCGGCGGUGAGGAGGGUGAGGUGGAGCAGCUCUGUCUCCCUCUUUGCUCUCUGUGAUGAAGAGGAGCGAUCUUCAUCUUCAGGUGGAGAUGAAGCGAAUGUUGACGUAUGCGGAGACGAUGAGGAGAGAGAGCAGCCAUGGUUUGGCAUGAACCGGCGAGGUAGUUCGUCAUCUUGGCGCGUUUACAACACAAACAAACAACAAACUGGCGUGUGCAGGUGGAGGUGAUGACGUCGGUGUUUCUGAGAGUUCGGUCUCUGACUUUUACAGCAGCAAACUUCCUUCCCUGUCGGGUCUAUUUCAGGAGAGCUGACCCCAAAUUUUUGUCUGUUACUGAGUCAAAACUUGAACUUUAAGAUAAUCGUGUUCAGGACAAAAAUGUCUCUUCUGAAGCCGAAAACUCACAGGAUGUGUGUUUGCCGUGUUCUGUCAGUGUCGCAUGUUCAAGACAAGUAUGUUCUGAUUCUAAUCAAUGCAGCAUCGGACAAAGGAGGCGUCGCAGUGCGUCUUAGCUUAAUCCCAGAAUCGUCUCUAUAUGCAAAGUCUAUUUUCGACGAAGCCUACGUCAAACUGCACCGAGGAGAUCGUCCCAGACAGGAAGUCGUGUGGAAAACGCACAUGUCCUCCGGUAAAUUCCAAGAUAAAACUGCUGCAAAUAUGCAUUAUUCCGACUUUUUAUCAGUUCCUGUAGGUGAAAAAUACUUCCUGGUUAUGGAUUCAUCAGUAACACAGAACAACCCCGGGGCCUAACCCUGAUCCAAGUGGACCACAAACAGACUUUAGCUAAAGCUAACAGCACAGCAGAGUGGAACGUGAGCAAACCUGCAAAAAACGAAACUUUAAAAUCAACAACAGUCACAAAAUAAAAUCCCGAUCAGCAGGAAAUCAUCCGCAGACAGGAAAAGAAACCUUCUGUAUCUGGAACGGCUACGAAAAGGCCGUAUCUGCCGACCGCAACUGAUCGUAACCAGUAGAUGUAGACAUCAUUUCACCCCGAUGACACCAUGGAUGAGGAGAUGCUGAUUCUAGAAGUCUAGAAGUAGAUUUCCUCCUUUGGAAGGACACAAUCUACUGCUGAUAUGGUUAGCCUUCGUGGCUAAAGACAACUUGUUAUUGCGCGAUUGCACGUGAAUCGGGUUCUUGUGAGUUCUCAUGAUUCCUGCUGUCCAUAAUCCUUCACGAAAUUCACCUCACAAACAGAUCCGGUAGGAAUUGGCGUACUGAGGAAAUCACUGCCGUUCCAGAUGCGGUGGAAAUCCCGGGUAAGACGUUUUCGCUGGGUGAUGACGCGUGAUGCCUGAUGGAGCCGGGGCACGACGAUGACGGAACACAUCCAAUGCUAUCUUUGUAAACAGAUAGAUGUAGUAUCUGGAAUCACCUGGCCUUCAGCGGUCCAAUCAGAACCUUGGAUUUCCUGUUUUAGCGAGUAAUGAGAGGAUAAAACUUGGGAGGAUUUUCUUCUUGUUGAAACUGAAAAUAUUUUUAGUCUUACUUGCAAAACAAGGAACUUUAUCGGAAAGGAAAAAUCACCAUUUUAAUUCUUUUACUCUUCUUCUGUUUCUGCGGUGGAAAGGUCAUCAUGACAGUUUUCCCUUUUAAGUUUUUGCUCAUUUGUCAGAGUUACGAUCAAACUAAUCACAUUAAACUCCAACAGGUUUAUUUCCCCGAAAUCACAGAAAACGCAGACACCUGUGGCACAGAGAUUCCUGUUAGAUAACCGAAUUACGGAAAGUCGUGACCAUUUUUCUCUCAAAGGUUGAGGAAUAAAAGUAUGCCAGAUAAAUAACGCGGCUAAUGGCGGACCCCACGCUGGUCAGCGGAGCCUCAUUAGGAGGCGGCGGCGGCGUGUGCGGGCGGGUUUGUUAAUGAGUGUGUGAGCGUUUGUACGAGUGUGUUUGUGAGCAAAACAAUAAGCCAACAGCGGCCGAGUCUAAUGACGGCGAGACGCGCAGGAACUCAGAGCUCAGAGGUGAAAACAAACGAAACUCUGUGUGUGUGUGUGUGUGUGUGUGUGUGUGUGUGUGUGUGUGUGUGUGUGUGUGGUGGACGCUCGGCCAUUUGUGAGCUGCCCAAUUAACGUGUGUUUGAGUCUGUUUCUGCGUCUUUGUUUGUCUGCAUGUGCGUGUGUGUGUGUGUGUGUGUGUGUGUGUGUGUGUGUGUGUGUGUGUUUGUGUGUGUGUGUCAGGACCCCUGUAGCACGCUGUUUUCCUCAUUUGCGGUGACAAAUAGGCAGCCUGUGGAGAGAGGGCGCUGCGAUGCUCGGCGCUUCAGUUGACCCCUGACAUCUCAUUUGGUCCUGAUAGAUGAGCGCUGGUUCCCCUCUGAAGGAACGACCCGGCCGCACACACACACACACACACACACACACACACACACACACACACACACACACACACACACACACACACACACACGUGUGCACACACAUGCAUAUCCAGGACAGAGCGAGCGCCCGUGCACGGGGGUGGAGUGGACAGGUGUUGCUGCGGUUAUUGUGUGUCAGGAUUUUCAUGUUCCAGUGAAAUGUUGUCAGACAGAAGUUCAACUUUAUUGUCCCUGAGAGGAAAUUCGUCUCACAGCCGGGUGGAAACAUAAAACAUGACAAACACAAACACACACACACACACACACACACACACACCUGUGAGGCAUGGGUGCAUCAGGUGACAUCUGCUGUAUGUAAAACUGUGAUUAAAACCAACAUCAGUCAUCCUGAGCGAACGGGGAAGUGGUCAUCCACGGCGCCAUCAUGACAUUUAACGGCCUCAUGGCGUGACUGAUGACAUAUUUCAUCCUGUUGGACACGAGUCUGAAAAAAAACAAACAUUUUGAUAUCAAACCUUCAAUCUUUCUUCAUCAACUGCUUUCUAACCAAAUUCAUCCUCCUGCCAACGACUCUGAUGAGUCAGAAUAAAGGGACAGCUGGUGGAGCGAUAUGUUUCUUCUCAUCUUUGUCAUCUCAUAUGUUAUCUGCAUUAAAGCAUUUAGUGUUAAUUCGUCCACAUUCAGGGUUUAAUAGACGACAGGAAGUGACAUCAAGAGCUGCAGUGAGAUGUCCUCAACACGAUCAUGGACGAAGCAAAACAGACCCACACUACGGAGAUAUCAGUGCUGCAUGCAAACAGGCAGAUGUGCAGACAUCUAGUGAUGGGUAUGGCAGUUCUUUUGGAUGUAUUGAAUCACUAGAAUCAGUUCAGUGAAAAGAUUCCUUCAGAAGAUUCGUUCACAGAAUCACCAAGUCAUUCAGCGCCUGGCAGAAGGAGCCUGUGACUCUGACUUCCUGAACGGAUACAGAGCUGAAUGGUUCAGGUUUCAGUUUAGUUCAUGACGAGAGUGUUGAGAUUGUGUCGCCGCGAAACAGAGAAAUGAACAAAUCACUUGAGGAAGUGAUUCGGUUCAGUGCGUUCACUUAAAAGAUUCGUUCUUUUGGACGAAUCAUUCAUGAACGACACAUCACUACAGACAUCUUUAAUGUCCUCAUCCUGAUGCAGAUCCUUCUUCGACCUUUAGAUCUUUGUGCGUCCUGCUGUGCGCUGCUUUCUUCACUCCUUGCUCGUGGUGAAUUUUCCCUCUCACAUCGAGUCCCCCAGAGUUUUACCUGUUGACCGGAUAAAGUCAAGAUAAAAACUUAGUUUUCUCAACCAGUGUUCAAGAAUAAAUGCAGCUGUAGAAACUUAAUAUCCCAGAUCUGGCUUUUUCAUGCUGCACACUCUCAGUAUGUUUCCAUGACAUUCAAGGAAACCGAAUUAUCGCCUUAUUCUGAUUAAGACCAGACAACUGAAGUUCAUGUGAACACUUUAGUCCGACUAUAAUCUGAGUUUGAAAACUCCAGUUAAGACACCCAGAUAAUGCGAUUGAAAUUCGAUUUUCUCUACCAUGUAACCAGCGUAGUUGGAGUACGAUCAGACAAUGCAUGUGCGCCACGCCCCCAUAACCCUGGAACAAAAACACCAGAGAAGAGGAGUAGCGUUCGUCUCAUCUGCAGAAAAGGUAGCGCGUAAAUCAUGUAGGACAAAAACAAUGCUGUACGAUGUGGUUGUAGCUGCGAGUUGAGGUCAUAUUUGCUCUUCCUGUCUCUGUUUCGAUGCUUCAAAUAUCAUCAAAACUUCAUCUUUCACCUUUUUGACUUUAUCUGCUGCAGACUCUGCAUACUCUUUCUUUCAUACCAGUACAGUCUUUGCAAUCGUCAUAAAUACUCCUAAUAACAUCGUUCAUGUCUUAAAAGUGAAUCCAAUCUAAAUGCAACGCUUUGAUUUAUUAUCUUAAUGCAGUAAUUCUGAUUUUGCACUUCUGGCUGUAGAAAAUCAGUGUCAGUAAAAGCUGUAAGUGUCAUAAAAAUAAGAUAAUAAUGCUCCUAAAAGGGAUCUGAUUUGUGAAUAAUGGUGCACACUAAUGAUGGCUAAUGCCUCUCCCCUUAAAUCCUCCUCCUCCACAUUUUUCAUCUCGAUGGUCCGUUUUUCCCUCGUUCCCUGGAGGCCAGCUAAUUACAGGCAGCUCCACAGCGACUGUACCAAAGCCACGCUGGUAUUUAUACUACAAAGCUUUGAGCUGUUUGUUGGCGACAUCAAGAGUCACUCGCUGUCUUCCUGAGACAAUAAUAGAGCCGAGAGAUAAGACAAAGUGUUUGAUAUUCAAAUCAAACUGGAACGAGAGAGAGAGGGAGAGAGAGAGAGAGAGAGCCAAACUGACAGAAAGAGCGACAGAACAGAGAGAGAGAGAGAGAGUGGGGGGAGUGAAAGAGAGGCCAGUAUAUACAGAAAAUUAAGCACAUACAUUUUUAAUGAGCUAAAACAUCAGGAUCUGAGCUCUGAAGUUCAGGAAAUCCACCGUUUCUGUCGGAGUGAUCGUUAUUCUUUACGUUCUGACAGUCGGGGAGGGUUGGAAACUGAUCUGCACGUCCUUUUUCUGUACGAGGGAUUCAGUUUUCUGCUUUGAAAUUCUACUUCUGAGCAUUUGAUGGUUGGGUGUUGUAAUCUGCUUUAUGAAAUUCAAUAUCAUAUCAUCAAAAUGACCCGAGACUGGACAUGUUUGCAGAUGAUUAACUUUGCAUUUCUAUCUACAUUUUCUAGAUACUGCAGAACGUGACCUCAUGGACUUAUACAUUUUAUAGAUACGUGGAGAAAGGCUAAAGAGGUUCAUGUAGAGCCUAAAUGUCUGUUUAUAAACUGAAAUGAUCUCCCCAUGAUUUGCAGUUUAGAGUCGACUCUCCUCCAGAUAUUUAAACCACAUCGUCAUCCUCAAGGUUCAACCCGGUUCACUCUGCCUUUAAAAGAGCAUAAAUAUAAGAUGAAUCCCCCAUUUCUGGAUUUGAUCCUCUUUUCCUCCCCUUAUAGACCCCGCCUCCCCCCACCUCCACCAGCCUCAUCAUUAUUCUCCCGCCACCCCUCCCUCAAGCCUCGAGACGUAAGCCGGUUAUUCUCUGCCCUUUCUAAUCCGAACUUAAUCAGAGGCGCGCACUGUCAGAGAGAGAGAGAUGAGGAAGAGAGGAGAGGAGGAAGGAAGGAAGGAAGGGUGCAGGUCACAUAGGGAAAGGAAAUUCACUCACUCUCUGGAGAGUUUCGUUGGAAACCUGCAGAAAUUUGCUGAAUAUGAGUUUGACUUUGUCUUUCUGAAACUUAAAUCCAAAUCAGUUUAAGAUUCCAGAAACUGUCCUGUUUGGUUUCAGUGUCUGUGUUCAUAUAUAUCCAACUCUGUCUCCUCGUUUUAUCAACUUUUUGUAGUUUCAUCGUUUCAGCUUCUGCGUCAAUUUUUGGAAAUAAUGACAAUAAAAGUUCAUUAAUGACCCUUUUUUCCGUGAUGAAGACGAUGCGAUGAUGAGCUGAAGUACACCACAAAUACGAGAUGAAACUGUCGGAUAAUUGAGGGUUAUCUUCUUCAGUACAGUUAGCCUAGCGGUUUUGGCGCCCCCUGUCCUCAGGUGGCCCAGAUCCUCUUACCGAGUCUUUCCUGCAUGUCGUUCCCAGCUCCCUCCAUCUGUCAAUGAAGGCCAUAAAAACUCAUUUUUGACUCGUCUUCUAAAACCACCUCGUCCAGAACGGCUACGAAAGGACCGUAUCCGCCGAUCGCAGCUGAUCGUAACCGUUCAAGUUAAUGUGAGACGAACAAGUGAAAGGUUUAUAGACGUCAUUUCACCCCGAUGACACCAUGGAUGAGGAGAUGCUGACUCUAGAAGUCUAGAAGUAGAUUUCCUCCUCUGGAAGGACACAAUCUACUGCUUAUAUGUCUAUGUGUCUGUCUUUAGAGAGACAACUUGGUAUUGCGCGAUUGUACGUGAAUCCACAGGUUCUUGUGAUUCCUGCUGUCCGUAAUUCACCACGAAAUUCGCCUCACAAAUGGAUCCAGUAGGAAUUGGCAGACGGCAAAAAUUGUCGAUGUUCCAGAUCGGAGCUGCUCCGGAUGCGGUGAAAAUUUGGGGUUAGAAGAUCAGGUAUCCAGGUGGUCUAAACCACCUCAGAACCAGGUCUUUCUCAGCUCCCUGACCCUCCCUCUGAUCUACUCCCAGAACCACUCAGGAUGUGAAACUCAUGAGCGAUAAAAAAUAAUAGAAACAGACUGAUUGAUUGUGUGAUGGGUAAUUUGCAGCCUCUCCUGUUGCAUGAUGGGAAAAAGCUUUAAUUAAGAGUAAUUAGGACCGUUCAGGUUGCAGGAAGGUUCUGAGAUCACCAGGUUUCUGCGUUUCCUCAGACGAUGAUGGAUUUACAUUCAGGAGGACCUUGCCGAGGUCUGCUCCUCAUGUUCUGCACGGAGCGAUGCAAAGACUCGGCUCUAAAACCCCCUCGGCUUUUUCACCUUGGUCGAAUGAUUAACGUUUCUCCGGCGUCACGUCGAGGGAGAUAAAAACCGUCUCUGGGAAAUGGCGAGCAAUUAAAAGUUUAUUAGCCAUUCAAGACCAAAAAUAAUUACUGCUUCUGCUCCAUUGUGUUUCAGAAAAUAGCUGUAGGCUGCAAUCACUGGCUGUGUGUACUCGCCCGUACAUAAACACACUCUGCAGGAACACACACCUACACCGCGCACGCUGCAGAGAGGACCAGCAGCAAAACAGCUCAACACUUUCAACUCCUGUCUGUGCGUCCGGCCUCCUUUUCUGCACAUUUACGGACUUUCUCUCAUUUACUGGGCGUGCAACAAGGUGUCAUCUGCAGAUUAGUGCAAUAAAACCAAAGUAAGCUCUCUCUCUCUCUCUCUCUCUCUCUCUCUCUCUCUCUCUCUCUCUCUCUCUCUCUCUCUCUCUCCGUAAGUCCUGCAGGAGACAAACACACCGAAAACACACCGAGCACGCUCAUUUUCAGGAAACGUCACAGAGAUGGAGACGUUACAGCAUUUCCUGGAUCUUUCUUUUUCAAGCACAGAUCUCUGAUGUAUUUUUGGGGACCUUUUGUGUCCAAGAAUGAGGGGGAGGCAACUCUGUCACACACACACAGACACACACACACACACACACACACACACACACACACACACCUCAUCUCUCCAGGCAGUCAGUGCCUCACAGAGUACAAAGACAGACUCGUAUCAUGUCGGAUGUAAAACAGACGGCACCGUUUUUACCUGUUUUUUUAGAGCCAAAAAUAGUUUGUGUUUUAAGAUCAUAAAAAACAAAGGAUGACAGGACACGUGCACACACACACACACACACACACACACACACACACACACACACACACACGAGCAUCCACAGAGCGAACAGUGGAGGUAGAGAGGAAGAUGGAGGUUCGGUUUAUGCAGGUAACGUCCCUCUGCUUUAUUCGAGCUCCUCCUGCAGGUAUGUCGCCCCCAGGUGGAGAACAAACCGUCUGCUACACCUGUGAAAAUCUGCACCAAGGAAGGACUGAGAGCAAGACCAAGACAAGAGCCACGAAACUGUGUGAUAUCUCAGAGUAUAGAUAUGACCCCAGGAUGUUAAGAUGCUCCUCCUGAUCUUUGGUGUAUCUUUGUGAGUUUGUGUUUUAGUGUGUGGUUGAAUCACAGAAACACCGUCUUGUAAAGCGUUGAGGUUUGGUCCACACGUGUUCUCAUGUCUGUUUUACACAGAGCGUCGUUGUCGUUGUCGUUGUCGUCAGCGUAUCAGACAGAUUCUGCGGAGCGUUAACGUGCUCGUGUUUCUGUCACCUCAUCUGUUUUGACAGAUUGACUCCCAGCGAGGCAGCGCCAGAUAAAGAGCUUUUAUCAAAGUGAUGUUACGCUUUAAACAGUUUGGAGAAGACCAACAGACAACAGAGCCAAAGUUGACCUGAGUUUUAUUGGGAGAGUGUUUAGUAGCUCGGAUGAUGCAGCAGAAAUGGUCGAACCAAACAAGGCAAAUUUCUCGGACAGCAUCUUUUCUUCGAAUGUCACACCAGCGGCAGGAAAGUCUGUCAGAUCGCAGCUUUAGGACGUCUGAGUAAAAGUUUUUGGGGCCAGAUCUGUGCUCAGUACAUCUACGUAUGUUCACCUUGUUCACCGUGAUGCUGGGGUGGAGUCUUUCUACCUCUGAUCACAGCUGAAAUAUAACAGCUGACGUUUCUAAAUGUGAUAAUUUUAGCGUUUUUGACCAGGGAUGGAUCGAUGCAGGUUCAUUCAGCAAUAUGAGGAUGAGACUCAGGUGAAAUCAGGUUUCCUAACUUUAAAAGAGUAAAUAAACAUGUUAAAUCUGACUGUAUCUUUAUUUAGCGAUGUGAUCCUGCAGUUUAGUGAGUUAUCGGUUAGAAUAAGAAUCAUUAUUCAGCUGUAAAUGAAAAACUGUAGGGCUGGAUUUGUCUCAAAUGAGAAAAAUGUGAUAUCAGAGUCAUGUCACAAACUGGUGCAAACACGCUGGCACUUUCUUGAGGCAGUCUGAAUGGAGUCCCUGGACUCUGAAGGAACGUCAAAGAUCUGAGGUGAAGCUGAACCUGGAUUCAAAGGUUCAACCAGGCUGAGGUCUCCAUUGUGGACUUACGGUAGACCUUUCUGAUUCAGAACAAUCAAUCUGAGAACUUUUUGGUAUUUCCACGCAUGUAAAACAUCAACUGGAAGUUUUUUGAGUCUUUGGCGAUGACCGCUCCGCUCUGUACCUCGUGACUCUUGGGACGCUUGAUUCAUCUGGUUGUUUCAUAUUUUGUUUCUUCCACCGUCAUCUCAGGAAACAGGAUAUUCACAUCGCGAUAAGGAGUGACGUAUGAAAUCGGAUGGUUGUUGAUGGAGCUCACCUGGAGGCAAGUGAGUUGGGAGGUCGGAUUACCUGGUACAUUGUAUAAAACCUUUGUCUAUCACUUGAUCCUGUCGAUUGAAUUGGCAGGGACUACCGUUGAAAUUACCGUUGACGCGAGUAGAUGAUUUUGCUUGCACUUGGUGUGAGCACCCUAUGAUGCUUGGGCCUACAUGUUUGGACGGGCAGUAUCAGACCGAUACUGGUACUGAUACACUGUCAAACCUUGUUGGACACUCAAGAAAAACUGAUUAAUUUACAAAGCGCUCUCUGUAGUUUUUGACCAAAGUUGCAAAUGACUGCGUAUCCGUCUUCCAAGCGUUGUUGCUCUUUCUUAAACGUCAGCGCCGGAGCCGUCCAACCGAAUAAUUUAUGAGGGAAAGUCUGCGAGUACGCCGAGAGAAAAGGAGCAGUCAUCUGUCUAUGUUGUGCUGCUGUUUGUUCAAUUAGAGAACUAAUUCAGAGGCAGGCUGACAGCUGAGAGGUUUUAAUUAUAAUCAUGCCACACGACCGGGAUAAUAAAUGAGUGAAUUAAGGAGCCCAAAGUUUGAUAAAUGUUGUUGAUUGCACAGAUCGGUCCAAUCAAGACCGACACUGAAUCUGUCAGAGAGCUACAGUGUCUGAGAGACGGAGAUAAAGACGAGGAAGGAUGUAUGAAGAAGAGGACGCAGGGGAGGUUCAGCAUAGGUGCAUUUAUCGGAGCAUAAAACAAGAAAAUAGAGAUUUCUGUCACACUUAAUUUAUUUGGCGUCACCUCAUGCACCUACGCGUUUUAGACGGAUGACUUCUGCUUAACAAUGUGUUGAAGUAGUUGGACGAUAGAUUAACGAGAUCCACCUUCGAUUCCUGCGAGGUUUCCUGCAUUUUUGGCGCUAAAAGGGUUCAAGUGUUGAUCUAGAAAAUAGUCCAAUAGAGGAAAUACCAUCAAGAGAUCGAUCCACCUGCAAAAUAGCGACAUAUAUGCGCAAAAAGUUGCCUUUCAAAUCUUCCCUGCACACAUGCGUGAAAGACCUUUGCAAACACGUUGUGACCUUUUGAGGGAUCUUGCAGAAAAAUGCAGCCUUACGGACAAAAAUUCCAAAAUCCAGAUCCAAACUAAACUUUAAAGUGUGGUUAUCUCUAAAACGAUUGAUUAAACAGCAGAUAUGUAAAUACUCGCAGACAGAAUGAGCUCCACUGAGAGUUUAUUUCUUGUCAGAGCUGAAUUAGACUGAAGUGAGAUAAGGAGGAGAGAGUGAGGUCGGAUGAGAUUCAUUUCAUAUCAGAGAGAAAAAGAGAGAGAGAGAGAGAGACAGGCGCUGGCAGAGCUCCAUGUCUGCAUAUGGACUCAUCCACCAGAGGUUUAGGGUCAAUUUAGUUUCCAUUCACUGUCAUUUCAAACCAGAAUUUCUCUCUAACUCAAGAUCUGAAAAUCUGCUCAGCCGAGUAAAAAAAAUAAUUUUUUCAAUCUGAAGGGAAGUUACCAGAAAGAAACUCUGCAAAAACAGCAGCUGCAGGUAAAACUCCAGAGAGGACAUUUUGUUUUUGUUGAUUUUGGCGCCUCCUGUGGACAAACAAACCUCUAAUUUCCUUUUUGCAGUGCUGACUAACAGCUUUAGAGCUGGACUUAGUUAAAGAGUCAUCCUCGCCCCAUUUUUAACCCUUUAUAAUCUUGAUCUACAGACAUCUGCAUCGUGGAUGUCUAAGAUCUUGUCUUUAAAAACAAACGACAUUCCUGCACCUUCAGUUUCUGAGCUAACCGCAAAAGACAAAACAGAAAGACCUGAAAUUUCUGGGACUUUAUCACCAUGACGAGCUUUGACUCAGAGUUUAAGAUUAUCUGAGACCUACAGCCGUAGAUUCUAGUCUGGUAGACCGUCGUGACUCACGUUUGUCUCUUGAUCUGUUUCUCUGUUGGCUUUCAGCAUGUGAAGCUCGUUUUUAUUGAUUAUCUAAGGAUCAUCCUGAUGUUUUGGUCAUACUCACCUGUUUGUCAUCUGCAUAGUUUAGAUCAGACGUUCUCCUCAUGUCCAUGUUCUGCAGAGGCCUGAGAAUAGAAGCUUGGGGUACUCAACAGGAGUAAAGAGGGUGCUAUUUUGAAGACUUGACAUGCUUUUCCACCAAGAGUACCCAUAAUUUUCUAGUUCCAGGGACUUUGGUGGAUGACCGUAGGACCUUUUCUCAGGUACUUGUCGACACACAAUGGUCCUUUUUGACCAAAAGAGACAGGAACUACUCCUCAGGCCCUGCCUCCCCAAGUCCCCAUUGCCAUUGGAAAGGUCUACCCCCCUUAGCAAGGCAAGGCUUUAAAGGCCGGAUCGGUCACCCAAAUGCACCAAGUUCCUGGGUAAAGUUCCUGCUGUCAAAAUGCACCUUUGGAUCCAGAUGGGGUGAAACUAGAUCUGCACCUCUACCUGAGAGUCAGACCAGUCAUGACUGUCACAGCGACUCAGAUCAUGACUGUUGGAACCUGCAUGACAAGUGAACAGAUUCUGUCAGGUAUCAUAAACCUGGUCUUGGAUGUGCCCCCCUAGCUUACAUAGAUGAGUCGUACCUGUUGUCUUUCCUUGUGGUUUACAUUUUUGAACAUUGAAAGUAAAUUUCCCUCAAAGAGAUGGAAGAGGAGCGCAGACUCGAACCCUCGACCUUCUCCUCUGAACCUGCUGAUGCGCCGCCUCUCCCUCAUGCCAGAGCUGCUGAUCAACAUAAAUCAAAUUGCUGCAGUCUCUGGACCUCCUCCAAGAGUGUGUGUGCACGUGUGUGCACGUGUGUCUCAGGGACGGCAGAUUUCAGGGAGGGUCUGCUGGCAGAUGGGAGAGGCAUCACACACAUCAACACACAAUGAUACAUACACACACACACACACACACACUUCUAAUCAAACAUGGGGCAAACAUGCUGUUCUUGCCAAACCUGUGUGUGUGUGUGUGUGUGUGUGUGUGUGUGUGUGUGUGUGUGUGUGUGUGUGUGUGUGUGUGUGUGUGUGUGUGUGUGUGUGUGUGUGUGUGUGUGUGUGUGGAGGAAAGCGAGCUGAUUAGAAAGAUGAGUCAAAGAGUAAAUGAUGAAAUAUGAGUUCUGCAAACACAAACGGCUUCCUCAAAUUAAGACGCCGACGUCAAAUGGACUGUCUGUGUGUGUGUCUGUGUGUGUGUGUGUGUGUGUGUGUGUGUUUGUGUGUGUGUGUGUGUGUGUGUGUGUGUGUGUGUGUGUCUGUUGCCGUGUCUACCUGCCUGUCAGUGUAAAUCUCUCUCUUGUUUAAUCCGUCUGAAGGAAGCAUGUCAUCCUCAAACCCAGUCUGCCUCCACACAUGUACCCACACCGUUGGUUUGUUAAUGGCGCCAUCUGCUGGACACUGUACAAAACGCAUCUACAGAUCGAAUCAGAUACUGUAUCCUUAUCUCCAGAAACUUCAUCAGAGAGUCUGUCCAGUGCAGGUGGAUGACUAAGAGAGGGAUUAAAGGACAAGUUCACAAAGUUUUCUAGCAUUUUUAACCUUUUACAGUCAGCCAACAGCACUUAGGUCCUGCUCCUUCUCCAUGAAUCUGAAUCAUGAAUUUCAUAUCAUGGUAACGAUAUAUAACACGGUAUGUUUUUUCCCUCCUGUAAUUUCAAUUAGUAGCUUAAAAAUAACCACACUGUCACAUUUGUUCAUAUUCCUUUUAUUUUUAAACUCAGAUUUGUAAACAAAUGCAAAAAAAUGUCAGACCAGUCUGGUGAUUUUUUGAAAGACUCUGCCGAGCUCUUUUCUAUGAGAGGAGCUGCUGCAGUUUUAGUUUUUGGUGCAGCAGGUGCGUCAUGCAUCCUUUGGCUCUCAUAACAGAGCUUGGCGUGUUUCAUCUUUAGGUGGUGGAAGAGGUUGUUGGUGUUUCCACCUCCAGCAACAACAGCCACAUGACACUCUUUACAUAGUUUUGUUUUUUGAUCAUUGUCGGAUUUUCUAAAUCCGAAGAAUCUCCAGACAACUGAUCAAAAACACAUCAGUUUUUGGACGUACCUUUAUCCACGACCAGCAGACUCUCUCCAAAGAGUCACAUGAUGUCGUCUGUCAUUCUGCAGGAAGUUUGCAGUCAAACGUAAAAACGCACCAACAACAAAAACUCUGUCACUUUAUUCUUCUUUAACAAAACUCACUCAUUCCUCCUUGUUGGCACCUAAAGAUCAUUUUAUUGGAGUCAUGGUCCCUGAAGCCUCGUCUGAUCUGGUCUCAGAUCCACUCAGUAUAUCCACUCAGUAUUUUCUAACUGGGGGUUGAUAUGCGUUGAACCAACAGCAGUCUUAUAAUAUCAGUGAUUAAUAUCUGCAGACACUGCAGGCAGCCCCGUCAGUGUGAACACUGUAGAGUUUGAUUAUUAGAUGUUGGAUAGUCCAGUGUUGCAGUAGCUCUCCUCAGAACCGUCUACUUUUACAAGACUUCCUGAUGAUGAAAACAAGUUUAGUUUUUGACUCUGAUGUUGAUCCGGUCUUUGUGUGUCUGUGUUUGUGUCCCUCAGCAGAUCUGUGCAGAGAGCAGCAGCGGCAGAAACACAGACAACCACUCGGUGAGUACAGAAAUAUCACUUUCUCUUUAUCUUAAAGCUGUCAGCCGUUCAACACUUCUAUCUAUCCGCUCCCUCGCUGAGAAUCAGACUGAAGAGCUAUUUUUUCUCGCUGUCAUUGUUCAGCCUGACGCCGUGCUCGUGUCAGCUGAUUUGUGUUAUGAGGAGGAGGUUAUUGUGUCUAACUUUGCCCUCAUCAGUCAGCUGUGAGUGAUGUGUUUAUCCUGGUUUUCCACUGGUGUGGAGACGCGGCGGUUGUUGCCGGAAGCAGCUCGUACGCUGAUUUGAGAUUAGUCAUGUCUGUGAGGUUGAGGAGGUUUGCUAUAUUUCAUUCCUGUUUUUUUAAGCUCUAGUAGACAAUAAAGUCCUAUUUUUUAACACGAAACAAAUUAUAUAUCUGAUUUAGAGCUGCAGUAAGUAUUUGCACCACAUUUCCACAUUUGUGCUUUUCUUUUAUGCAGAUAUCAGAUCUAGAGGAUGGGUGAAAUCAUUCAUGUGCAUUUAUACUAUAUCAUCAAAUGGGAUAUAUUAGAUUUUUGCAGCAUGCUAAAACAAUGAAACUGUGAUAUAUUGUGCAGAGCUUUAAGUAAAAUCCUUUGUAUGCAGUGAUGACUCUGAACCUGCAGCCAGCAUGAUGAAGAUUAGAGCUUCUGUACAUCCCUUUAUUUAGAUCUCCGUCUGUUCUCAUUACUAACCAACAUCACAUAUAAUCUGCAAAACAACAAAAUAAAAUACACUACAAACAAUAUUUACAUAAAGUUACUGCACAAACUUCAACAAACAUGUCAAAGAGGACACAUAAUGCACGUGAGCUACCAACCUGCAGACUCAUGCAGCUCCAGGUUCAUAAACCUGUGGUCUCAGAGUUAUUAAAGCAGUGAUAGAAAAACUUUAAUAAGAGAAUUUUAAAUGAUAAAGUUUAUGAACCAAACAGUCAGACACAAAGACUGACAUUUGCACAGUCUGUUCACUUUGCACCAGCUGUUUGUUGUCGUCUGUUUCCUCUGUUUACUGCAUCAGGAGCUCUCCAUGGUGCUGAAUUUAGAUGUAGUGACAGAUAAAGGACACUAGAGGGCGCCAGGAUGCCACCAUCUGCAGCGUGCAACAAGAAGAGAUUCUGUUUCUGCUUCUGUUCUGUGUUUUUGACACUAAAAAUGAAGCAGACUGUGAUAUUUUACAACAUUUGAAGCAGAGAAACAGAGGGUGACAUCUAGUGUAUGCAGCAUAGAGCAUACACAUGGAAUAAAAGCUGCAAAAUGUGCAAAAAUAAGUAUUAAUUCAAUGUUUGAGAGCAAAUUAAGUAUGAGGAUCUUUAGUCUAAUGCACGCUCAGACCUGGAAGGUGUUUAUCUUUUAUGCAUCAGUUUAUAUUUCUCUGUUUUCUCUGAGUUAUAAGCACCUAAAUACCAACACUUAUGUGCCUUUGAGCCAAUUAUUUAACCUUUAACUGUUUGCAAACACUCACCUCCUCCUAGAGGGUGAAUUAAACACAUCAGUUAAUACAACAGUAUAAUAAUAAUAUUGACCAAAAUCUUUGAUCUGUUUCUGUUUGACUGGAACACAAUCAGAGAUUAGAGACAAAUUCUGGUGUUUUCACGGCAGCAUCACCUCGAGGGGAACCACAGAUAAGAAAUCAAAGAAGAAAACAAUAAUUACAGUCUCAGUAACACACGUCUGCGGCCUGUAGGGGGUGCUGUAACAGCGUUAUUCCUCUCUGUUGUUUACACAUCUCUGUAACUGCGUUCUUACAGAGAGCUGGAGAGCGCAGAGCUGCUUUUAGAUUCGCUGGUGGGCAGAAAAAAAGCUGCGAGCCGACAGAAAUAGAAACAAAGACGUGUGGAGAAGAAGAGCUGCCUCUCAGACGGUUAAUCCGGCUCACUGUUAACGUGAAUAAAAACUUCUAACGGAGAACCUUUUGUUCAAAUGACCCACAUACAGGCGAGCCUCGGGGGGCCUGCAGCAGAAAAGGUCUCUCUCAUUUUGCAGCUUGAUUAUGAACGCAGCCCGGGGAUGUUGCUGAACUUCAGAUAAUUGCAGCCUUUGGCUCCGAGAGUCUAAACAAAGUCACCUCAGCGCUGCGGCGUCCUCCACAACAGAAUUACUCUGAGGAGGUUUGUAAAGCAGGCGAGACGUUUUCAUCGCCGAGACGAACAAACACUCACCUGUGUGACUCCCCACCUGAGUCGGCGUUUACAGUUUGAUCCAAUGACUAAAGAAUAAUAACAGAGCGAUGAAAUUACAGCGUCGACUCUCUGACUCACAGCAGCUCCACUUUUUUUCACAAGUUGAAAUAGUGUUUUUAUAAAUGUGUUUAUUCGUCUCGUUUCUGCUGAUCUGAUGACCUUUAACUCGCCUCAUAAAACAGGCUGAUUCAGUAAAGACGGGGUAUGAAGCGAUCUGUUGUAGGGCUGGGCGAUAUGGCCUCAAAUCAAUAUCAGGACAUAUUGAUCAGUUCACUUCGAUAACGAUAAAUGGACGAUAACUACUCCACAAGCUGUUCACCCCCUCCCACAUUAACUUCGUCUACUUCAGCCGCUACAACUUUCUCUCCGUCCUCCAUCUCCUCACCUGUCUUUCCCUCUUUGUUACAGACUGGAUGGGGUUGAGUCACAUCUCUGACCAACUUCUAUGUGUUUUUUUUUUUUUGACGCUGAAUAUUCCAAUUUGGGCAAAAUGGCGGUGGUUAUAGUCGUAAAUGUCGGUAUCGGUAAAUUUUCGGUUUAUCGCCCAGCCCUAAUCUGCAGCACAUGUAAGAGGCAGCAGACAACACCAAAUAUUCACAGUGUUUGUCACUUUUGACUCCUGAUCGAGAGCGGGAUGUGCUUUUUGUUCCUCGCCAUGUGCAAGACAAAAACAACCAAAGGACGCAUUCUCAUUCUUUGCCAGUUGGGGGCGCCAAAGUGGACACAAAGCUGACGUUCCUCACAGCAGCUUUUUCUGCUCUCUAUCUCCAUCUCACCUCCUUAUGUUUCAUAAAUAGUCGUGCAUGUUUGCAGUCAGCUCCUCCCUCUCUGCUGAUCAGUUUUUCUCAUCACUGAUUAUCAGUGUUCUUUAAAUUAGUAACUUAGUCACAGUUACUUGUUACUUCUUUCAAAAGUAACUCAGAUACUUCAAGUCACUCGUUACUCUCAAGGUAACUAGUUACUAGAGAAGGUAACUUUAUUAUAAUUAACUCUAAAUUCUCUUAUUACUACAUGAUACUGGCGCAGUACCAUCUCUCCCUUGCUCAGGUAUUUUGCUAACCGGUUCUCUUAAAGCAGUGGACUCGACUGUUGAGUUAGGUUUGCAUGUCUUCCACAACAUACCUGUCAGUCAGUCUGUUUAGCUGUGUCUGGGUUAUAGACAACGUCCAAUCUAAAGUGUGCACUGAGAGCUCCCACUUCUGGAGUUUGUUUGUUUGAGGAAGCAAAUACAACUCUAUCGCGAGCAGCGUGGUCCUAUUGGAUUACUACGGUUACAAUGCAGAGUGCAGAUUGACGUGUGGUGACAUGGUAACAGCUGCGUACCGGCUUACUUUCACCCCUGUUGUUACUUAAUAACGCGUUAGUCCCAACUGUGCUGAUGAUGAUCAUCCUGCAGAGGUUUGAUCAGGCUGCAAUGAUAUUGAACUCUGACAUGUUCAGUACAAGCAUUCUGAGUGCAGCAGUGUGUUUUGGUGUGUUUUUGUAGGACAGCAGAUUUAAUUCUUACUUACUAAUAUAUACUUACUAUACUAUAUACUUCUAACUCAUGUAACAAGAAAAUUAGCAUCGGUGUGAUGUCGCUGCUUCAAAAUGAUGCAGCGAAAAUGAUCAUGUGAAUUUUUGUAUUUUUAGGAUUUUAUUGUGCAGGACGCAGAUUCACUCUUACGAUAGAUGUUAAACACGCCCAGGUGACUGAGCAUGAGCAGCUCCUGGAGCGUUUUUAUCCUUUUGUUUGACCGGCAGACCUACAGAGGGAGUAAGGUUCGAUAAGCAGCUGUCGGUGUGACUGCAGACGCACCUUUACCUCCACCGUGCAUGAGUGUCCAAAUCCUCCUCUUCCUCCUGAAACCAAUAAACCCUGCUGCUGUCACCACCUGCCUAACAUCAUCAAGUACAGCUCUUUGAGGAAUCUGCAUGACCAGCAGGGGGCAGCAGCUUUCUAGCAUGUGUGUGUGUGAGUGUGUGUGUGUGUGUGUGAAGCAGCAGUGCAGCCCACUCUGGGCCUUCAUCAGUUAAUUAGUUUUUUCUCCCUUAUUUUUACUUGUACUCUGCCCAUUGGGGAUCCCCGCCCCUCCUCUUCCUCUCUUUCUCUCUUCAUCACUGUAUCGUCUGUAUCAGCAAAUUAUACCACAGGGAAAUCUUUUUCUUUUAAAUAACCUCUCUCUCUCUCUCUCUCUCUCUCUCUCUCUCUCUCUCUCUCUCUCUCCUCUCACUGUCUGCUUCUCUAUCAUUCUUUGGCCCUAUUUCCUUCCUUCCUUCCUUCUCUCUCUCUCCCUCCGUCUCUCUCUCUCUCUCUCUCGCUCCAUAAGCCUGUUCCCCUUGAAGUGUGCUGGUUAUGGAUGCGUGAGUUGUCGGCCUGAGACCAGGAGAUUAUUAGGAGGAUACAUGAUUAAAGAAACUCUCAUUUCCUCCGCGGCUGCAGAGAAAACUUUGCCGGCAGACGGAUUCAGACCCUUUUUAGUUUCCUUCACACGUCUGUCGGUGCGAGCAGACUACAGGGCAGCCUGUCGUACAAUGUGGCAUUAAAAGCACAGGCUGUUCCCUCUUUAAUGGAAAAACGGAUCAUUCUUUGCUCCGAGAAUUUAAAUCUGAGGUCAAACAGAGCCGAGUGUCAAGACGAAAAUGGAGGAAUAAGUGUCUGAGGAGAGAAAUCUGCAAAUAUGUUUUUGUUUCAGGUGAAAUCUUUGACUGCGAGUCUGCAGCCGUUCAGGCUUUUCUGCACCUUCACAGAUGCUGUUAUUGACACCAGGAUCAUUUUUGUGUUGCACAUCAGCUGAUAUUUCAGAGCUUCAGUAAAUGCAGAUAUCUGAAUAACUCACUGCAGACAUGAGGGCCAUAAUCACUCUUUACAGUCUUGCUGCAGUUUAAGAUUUAAAAUUCAGAAACAAAAUCCACAACCGCUUUGGUACCUGCAUUGUUUCUCAGAUAUCUAAAUUUUAAAUGCAAAUCGUCCAACAUCACUCGCUGGAUUCAUCGGUAAAAACAACAAACAGAAACUAAAAUCUGUCCAAGUUUAAAAUAAUUCACCUCAGCUACAGAUUAUGUUUUUUUCUGCAAAUAUUUAUCCAUACAAGCUACUCUCUGUUCACAAAGGCAGUAACAUUAAAUAACAUUAAAAGCAUGUUUGUUUGUUUUUUAAAGACUGAGCUGCACAAUUCCAGCUGAGGCGUGCAGGAUACCGAGGAUUGUGCAAAAGCUUACAGCAUAAAAGUUUGGCAAAGUUCUUAAUGAAUCUCAGUGAUUUUGCACAUUUUACUGCAUCUUCAUCAUAUAUGAAGAUUAAAAUAUGAGAAAUACAAACAAUAAAUAUAGAAACUGAGAAAUAGAAUAUAACCAUAAAACUCAAUUUUUUUUAAAAAAAGAGCAGAAGUGUGCAGCAUAAAGGUCGAGAUGUUCAUUUUUUUAAUGCAGAUUUAUCACCAACUUUUAAAUAAUUUAUCACAUUUAUUUAAUCCAAUUAAGAGGCAGUUUUUAAGUCCAUGUAAACAUUGUGCAGGAUUAAGUAUCUCAACAAUUACAGGGUUUAUUUUUAUAUUUGUGCUGAUAACACUCUCACUUAUGCUGACAUUUGCAGGAGUGCAUGUAUGAUUCGUUUCCUGCACUCUUAGAUAUUACUCUGCAGGCUUUUGUGUUGCGUUUGCACCUGCAUGCUUCGCUCACAGACGGCUCAAACUCAGCGUACUUUAGUGGUUUAUCUGUUUGACAAAAAGUCCAAAUUACUUUUAGAUUAUCUGGGAGUUUUAAGAGUGAAAGGCAUCUUUUGGAAACCCAAAAUUUUUCAUCACAAGAAAUCACAAAACUGAAAAAAAAAUGUCAUUAAUUCAGAUUUUGAUCAAGUUUGGAUUCACAAAGAUUACAGUCUACAGAGGGUGAGUAUCUCAGAGAGUUUACCUCCAAAAGGGAGCUCAGGUUGUAGCCAAUCACGUUGCAGCAGCAUUAAAUAACAGUAUAGUGUUUAUUUCUUCAAACGUUGUUGAACCGAAGCUUCACUCUGAGCUGUUUUUCUCCUGGUAUGUGAAUGUGUUGUUCCCUGAAUGCAGACGUCAUCUACAUAUUCCUGCCCUCUCAGCUCUGGGCUCUGUGCAGGAGAAUACAUUAGGAUAGCAAAAUUUGAAAAAGUAUUGAUUUUGUCAUUUAUAAAAUGCUGAAGUCAUGUAUUGAUCGCUGGCUGUGUCGCAGAGAGCAGAGAGCUGCUGGCUGCCGUCUUCAGCUGCUUCACUUUGUUUUUUAGUAAAGCAGCAGUUUUUUCUUUAUGGUCCCGGGCUCUCACACUAAAGUAGUACUUACUCUAGGACCCGGACAUGAAAUCAAUGUAAGUGUUAAUCUAUUUUAAUUUGCAGAAUGAGAUGAUGAGGCUCCACGUUUGGAGAAGAAGAGGAAAAAGACGGUUUUACAGUCAGCGGGUUGUUUUUAGUCGAGUAAAUGAAAUUAAACAGUUUCACUUUGAGCUCAACAUGCAGUAAACCUUUUAAUGUAAUGAGACUCAUCAGUAAGGGAGGAAGCUGAAACCAUCAGGGAGCGUACUGUACCGAGAGUGCUGUCCUUCAAAAUAAAAGCUCAAAAAAGGGAAAUUAAACUCUUAUUUCAAACUGAUCAAGUAUGAAAGUGAGAAGCUGACAAUUUCUCCUCCUCCUUUAAAAAUUACUCCCCAGGGAGGUUUCUACUUUUCCCACAAGUACACCGAUUUAAUUUUCUAAUCAGAUGGUGCUAAAUGGUCGUACAUCACCACUUAACUAAUUAUGAAGGAUAGUGUUUGUCGUCUGAAAAGCACGUUUCAGGCUUCACUGGCGUUUCUCUUCAGCUGUUUGUUUUGGUCGUGAGUUAAACCAAGAUGAGAUGUGAGUUCUUCACUCUGUAGGUGAAGUUGUUCAUGGUGGCGGUCAUUUUUUAGCCAUGAUGGCGGUGAAGAAAUUUUUACACAGUUAGUGAAUCUUUAUAGCAACACAAGAUCCUGUGUGCAUAAAAACUACAGAUCAAUACCGAAUGAUUUAAAAGUUUCGUUACAAUAAGUUCCCGUAUGACGAUUUUGAUCGGUUAUCCUACACUAUAUUAUGUUAUGUACAUUACAUUAAGGAGUGUCCAGUGAUAUAAUACAUUUUUUUUACUUCUGAUAUGAUACCCGUAUUGUAGCCUUUAGUAUUGGCUGAUACUGAUAUUGAUCCGAUAUUGGCACGAAAUUUCGCAUGACACGUUUUUUACUCAGCUGCGACGUCUUUUUCGGACUUUAACGAAAAAUACUGCCACACCGCCGACAUCAUUCCUACCCCUCUCUACUUUGUUAGUAACUUAGUACACACUGUUGUCAUGGUUACAUGGGCUCUACAUGCUAGAUCCGGGCGCUGCUAGAAAGAGGUGCUGGAGUGGAGUCUGGAAUGGACUGCUUGUAUCGGAGUGCUGAUAUCAGAGAUUUUAGAUGUAGGCCAAUUUAAUCCGAUAUUCGUAUUUUUGCUGAUAUCGACUGAUAUCCGAUAUCAAUAUCGUAUCGGGACAUCCCUAUUUACAUGAUGUUAUGUAAGGAUAAGUCACAUUAUGCUACGCUACGCUAUGUUACAUUGCAUUAUGCUGUGCUAUGUUACAUUAUGUAAUGUUAUGUAAUGUUUUGUGACAUCACAUUAGGUUAUGUUACAUUACAACAUGUGACACUAUGUAACACUUCGUCAUUCUACGCUAUGUUACACUAUGUUAAGUUACACUACGUUAUGUUACUUUAGGAUACAAUACGAUAAUAUACCACAAUAUAACAUUAUGCAAUAAUACAAGUUUUAACAUAAUGCAAUAUGAUACGAGUCAUUAUUGAUACAGUUUAUUAUAAUACAAUAUACUAGAGUGUAAUAACAGACAUUUUGAUACAUUGUAGAACAAUUAGAUUUAGUCUGAUAUAAAACAGAGACAUUACAGUAGAUAAUGUAUAAUAAUAUGAUACAAUACAAUAAGGAAUAGUAUGACACAAUAUGAUUCACAUUAAUAAAGAAUUUGAUCUGAAAUGACAGGAUCUGAUACAAUAACAUAAAAUGAUAGGGUAGAAUUGAGUGCUGUACAAUACAAUUAAUAUGAUAGAAAAUAAUACUAUACAAAAUGAUAUAAUACAAUAUGAAGUGAGGUACAGUAGAAAACAAUACGACCCAAUAAGAUACCAUUAAGAAGUACUAUAUGUAUAUAGGAUCCAGUAUCUCAGAGAGGAUAAAAACCAUCUGAUUCUUUCUGUUCUCAUGAAAACAGAAACAGAAAACAGAAUAAAAUACUACAGCUGAGUAAAAACCAAAUCCCCACAAUGUCACCUUACUCUGGUCUUCUGUGUUUUCACUCUGAAGCUUCAAAAAUAGCUUUUAACUGAGUCUCUCUCUCGUGCCAGCAGAAGUAGCCGAGCUCCUCUUUUGAUUUUUUUGAGUCCAAUCUGUCAGAUCAGUAUUCUGGGAGAAGAGCCAGAGCGGAGUGACCGCCGAGCGCCUCUUUUUCUACCACAGAAGAAGAAGAAGAAACAUCAGAAAGAGGAGAGGAAGAAUGAGAAAAGAAAUGUUGAGUUGACCGUCUGAUGGUGAAUCAGGGAGAGAAUUUAGAAGAACAGCAGCUGGAGCGUCCUCAGAGCGAUGAAUUUAAGCUCUUCACGUUCAGAGGAAACAGACUCUUUCACAUCUACACCUUCAUAGUAAAUCUGAAAUUUCUCAGCUGUUUUCACACGAGCUCGCUCACACUAAUUGUAAAAAUUAGACUUGAAUUUCGUGUGUUUUGGUUUGGAUCCUGCACAUUGAUAGAAACUGUCUGGUUGAGGCAGCGGUAGACCAACAACUCCUGUGUAUUUGGAGUCUGGUGUCUUUCCUCCGUUGGUGUAAAAAGCAGAAACUUCUAAAGUACAUUGUUUGAUAAGAUGAGACUGAAGCUACAGCAAAGACUUGAACUCCCCUGAUGGUCUGGUGACCCUCCAUCUGACCCUUUAGACCGCGUCUGUCCGGUCAUAUCACCGUCCAGCCUCCAUGAUCGCUGCGGCUGCUGCAGGGUGAGCUGACGUCACUCUUUUUGGAUUUGCUGUAAAGUUGCUCUAAAGUUUUAAAGUGAAAAGCAGACGGGCUUUUAAUCACCUCCAUCACCUGCUCUCCUGAGGCGAUGCUCGGUACUCGGUGUAAACAAUGCGAACAAUAAAACAAGUAUUAAAAACACAAAUGAGACAUUUUAUGUGCUUUGCAUCUGACUCGCGGUGAUUCGCCGGCUGAGAAACCGUUUUCUUUGAUUGAUUUCAUUAAGUGAUGAAAGUUGCGUCUGAAACCUUAUCACAGCGUUUGCUCGUUUUUUUGUUUUUGAGAUGUCACGCAGAUCUGAAGCCACUCUCCUGAUCAGGAGCUGAAAUAAAGCUUCAGAGAGACCUGAUCUUAUCAGGCAGACCUGAUAAUAAGGUCUUUUAUUUUUGUACUUCCUGCAAACAUCUGCUCCUGCCCUGCGGUCAGCUUUUGUUCAGGACGUAAAAGUGCUUAAUUUCCUCAGUGUUUAUGUUCGUUUCCACCUCCUCACAUCAUGUGGAUGUUUUCAGAGGUAUUUAAAAGCCUGUCGGUGUCUUUACUUCACUUUUUUUACGUGCAAUUUGGCGUCAAAUUUACAAUCUUUGUCUGCAUGAAUCAACACUCUCCAGACAUUUCAGAUUUAUCUUUAUUACAGGCAUGUUUUCAGCGCAUGCAUAACUAAUAUCUGACAGAGAGCGGGUCACAUUUGAAGGUAUUUAGAUGCUGAUUCACAAGUGAUUCAGAUUCAUGAUGAAUUUAUGUUCAUCUGCAGAAAUAGAGAUUAAAAUUAGAGCAAAACCACUCGUCUGGAUUAAGACUGGCAGCAUUGACUUUACCUGGCGGGUCUGCAUACUGCUUUUCUUCAGUUGUGUAAUCUAGUUAUAAACUUCCUGAAAUAUUUGCUCAUAUGUAGGUCUGCCUUUUUCUCUUAUUAUUUGUAAUAUCAGCUGAAAUAUCCUGCUAAUUGAUUAAAACUCCAAUGAGGGAAUUUUUGUUUGUGUCUAUUCUGGCGCCCCCUGUGGACAAACGUAAUUUUUUAAAUUUUGCUGAAGAAAUGAAGUUAAAGGGGCGUUCUGUUACUCGCUUUGUCUGAUUUAAACUAAAGCAAAAUAUAACAUGUUUGUAGUUUAUUGUAAAAAUAGGAAUAUAUUUAAAGAACCUCUGAGAAACUUUUCUGAGUAGUGCCCCCCGGUGGACAAAGUCAUACCUUUUGCUUAAAAAAAAAAAAACUCCCCAUGCCGUCUUGUCAAAGUCAGAACGAUCCGAAAGAGGAUUAAGGCAGCAAGCAAAAAACAUAAUAAUUACAGGAGGGAGAUUUUUUAAUUUCCAUUUCGAGAUUAAAGUCAAAUUCGAGAUUAAAGUCCAAAUUUAAAAAUGUCAAAAUGAAAAAAAAUCAAAAAUUCAAAAUUAAAGUCAAAAUUUAAAGAUUCAAAACAUUGAAAUUGUGAUUUUAACCUUAAUCUCAAUAUCUGAAUUUUUUAACUCCCAAAAUUUUGACAUUAUUCGCGCCAUUUCAACCUUUUUUAAUCUCGAAAAUUUCAAUUUUGUAAUCCCGAAAUUUUUACAUUAUUCACACCAUUUCAACAUUUUGUAAUCUCGAAAUUCUGACAUUAUUGACAUAAUUUUGUUUUUGUAAUCCCUUUCAACUUUAAUCUCUAAAUUUUGACUUCAUCUCCUUCCUGUAAUUAUAUAUUUUUCUCUUAUAGUUGCAGUAGAAAAAGUAACAGUGGAUUUUCUUUCUUUAAGCAGUGAGCUGCUAAAUCUGACACUGACCCUCUUUGCUGAAGUUUCAGGCAUUAAAAACUAAAAUAUAUAAAUCUUAUUUAUGAAGAAUGUAAAGAGCUGAUAACCUCUGCUGUUGGGUUUGUUUGUUUCUGUACUUGAAGCACUUUGAGGCUCUUUUUCCUAACAUUAAAUAUAACCUGAUUAUCAAAUAUAAGUCUUGUUUGCUUUUGUAGGUCAUGAUUAUUAACGUCCAUCUUGCUGAGGGUUCAAACCUGCAAACAUCCCUCACUCUUGACCUUCCUCGGGUCUGAUUCAUCCUCGUGUCUGUUUCUGCCUCUGCAGCUUUAAAAGUUGUUAUUUUUUCUCAUCACGGAGCUCCCUAAUCCCCCCAAACGCAGGGAUUGUAAAUGUGAUAUAUGAUCGCUUCUCAGCAUUAACGCGCCUUAUACCGGCGCGCACACCCACGCUGCCUCUGAUAUUUACACAAUGCUUUUCUCUUUUCUGGGGUCAAACCGGUGACAGGCUCGCGGCUCAGCGCCAUUGUGAGCGUCCUCCUCCCGUUUGUGAAGCGUGGUGCCGUUUAGAGCGCAUGAAAAUAAAAAGUGCAGCAGCAGCAGCAGCAGCUCCUCUCCUCGCUCCUCAGCUCAGAGCCAACAUUACAUAAGGUGUUAAUAUUAACGCUGCUAUUGUGAGGAGCGUGUGUGGGCGGCCAUGAUAAUGCAGCUUCUGUCACUGUGUGUGGAGGGAGCCAACACACACACACACACACACACACACACACACACACACACACACACACACACACACACACACACACACACGCAAACACACACUCACACACACACACAAACGUACAUUGUUAUCUACGGUGGAGCUGAUGUUAAUCAGUAUAAACAGAGGGUCAUUUUCAAAGGAAGAGAAAACGCUUUAAAUGCUCACACACACUUUACACACUUCUGGUAUUGGAGGCAUGCACACACACUCAUGCACACACACACACACACACUCACAUGCACACACACACAAACACACAUGCAGAGUGCAGAGCAGGCCUGGAGCUGCAGUUGAUCACAGCGUUCUCGAUAAGAGUGAACAGAGAGGAUCACCCGCCUCUGUCUGCCUCUCUCUCUCUCUCUCUCUCUCUCUCUCUUUGAGGGGGGAGGUAGGAGGGUCCCCCCCCCCAGCAGCACUUUGGCAAAUGAAGCUUCUGACUUUCUCUCUGUAGCUAAUCAAUUAACAGCCCCCCUCCUCUUCUCACGCCUGCUGUCUUCCUCUCUCUCUCUCUCUCUCUCUCUCUCUGUCUUUGUCUCUCUUUGUCUCGCUCUCGUGUCCUCCUGUUUAAUCAAACUGGAUCAUUAUUUCACUUUCUGACACUUUGGAUGACAGUUCAGUCUGCCGCGCCGAGAUAAGCUUCCAAUUAAUACAAACUGGAGUUUAACAUGUUUUACAGACACCAGUACAGUCUCUCUCUCUCUCUCUCUCUCUCUCUCUCUCUCUCCCUCCCUCUCUCUCUCUCUCUCUCUCGGUUUGUUUAACUCUGACCCAUUUCCUCCUCAGCUCUGCAUUCACACUUUUACAUCCAUUUAUUACCACUUCAGCGUCUCAGAGCCAGAUUCUGUUACUAUUUCUGUUUGUCAUUAUUCAGAGACGACGUCGGCUUAUUUACAUUCAGUGAUUAAUUCUGUGAAUAUUGAGCUCUUAUUGUUGGCGGAGGAGUCCGGCAUCGUUGUUGUGGAUUCAUGUUUUUCUGCUCUUUAUCGCCGUGUUUGUUUUAAGUUAUGCAGGAGACGAAAUUUGCAAGUAGAUUGAGACGCUCCCUUGUUCGCCCCUCUGUCUGUGAAAUGACGGUGGCCCUGGAAGGACAAGAAGUUUCUGAACAUGAGCAGCAUUCAUUCUUAUUUUCCAACUGGUGUGUUUCAAUCAGUUAAAGGGCCAGUUCACAUUUAUGCAGCGGCAGUGUUUGGUGUUUUAGCCUCUGACCUCUGACCUCCUCACAGUUUUACUUUAACAAGUUGAGGAGUGAUGAGACGAUACUCUACGCCCUGGGUCGGAGUCUGCAGGUGGAUGCUGGGGUUGAAAAUGAGAGUUUUCUGUCUGAACUAGCUCCUGAGUUUUCCGCCUGAACUAGCUCCUAAAGCUUUCUGUGCAUUUGUCUGCAGCUGACAUGUCUUCGCUCCUCCUUCUUCUGUAUGUCUGUUUCACCUUUAGAUUCUCUAACCUGCUUAGGUGAGUCCAAAUCCACCUGUUCAGUUUGUUUAUAUUUGACAGAAACGUUUGAUAAAGACGUGAAAACUCAAAGUGUUUAGAUAUGAGCUAAAAAGAGGACGAGGACAAGGAGAGCAGUGUGUGUGUGUGUGUGUGUGUGUGUGUGUGUGUGUGUGUGUGUGUGUGUGUGUGUGUGUGUGUGUGUGUGUGUGUCGGUGUGUGUGUGUGUGUGUAUCAGUAUGUAUGAAGUGUGUAAAUGGGAAGGCGCAUACUGCUAGCGUCAGGGACUUCCUCGACACGCAGGCUUCUCCUCGCCUACACUCUGCUCCGUCCGCAUAUUCUCUCCUUCAUCAAUAAAUAACAUAUUAAUGCCUCCUCCUCCUCCUCCUCCUCCUCCUCCUCCUCCUCCUCCUCCUCUCUUCUUUGCUUUCUUUCUCUCUCUGCAGUUUUUCACUCCCUGUGUUAUUUUUUUUUUCUUUUUGGCUCGCCUCCUGCUCUCUCUCUCUCUCUCUCUCUCUCUCUUUAUGUCCUCCUGGUUCAGUUUGUCCCCUCAGACUUUGAUCACUACUGCUUUUUUUUAAUCAAACUUAAAUAAUUCAGCCACACUUUGAUGCAUAAGGAAAAAUGCAGCUCAAAUUAUUACAUCAUAACCAAUCAGAAUUAAGAGGAGGCGGGACUUAUCGGAAUAUGUAAUCUGUUGUAACCUAGCAACAGUAAACACCAGCUCGCUCUGAAAUUGAGGUCAUUGGCACCAUCUGAGAAAGUAAAACUGACCCCGAAUUUAAUCUCUCAAAAAUCCACAAAAGUCAAAGUUACUUGAUUCACGUUUUUAUACAAACAGCAUAUAAUUCACUUAGACUGUACAGGUCGAUAAUCUGCAUGGAUAUCUCUCUUCUUCUCAUGAAAAUUGCUGUAGUACCUUAUAAGUGGUUAUUUAAACUGCAGUAAAUCAGAGCUGAAGUCCCCACUUCACCUGUAGGUUUUUAAGGCUGCACUUCAGAGGCUCUACAGUCGGCCUGGACAGAGCAGAUCUGCUGCAACACGGUGACGGUGCUGCAGCCGUGCACCACGUCUCCACUUUUACAGAACCAGUCCGUCAGACGAUGUCUAUCUGCAGCUUAAAGGGAUAUUCUGGCAUAAAGUACCUUAACACCGAGUUAGGCCCCCCCCUCCAGAGAUGAAUUUUGCCGACCGCUUGCUUCUCUAGUUAUACCAACUUUAGUAACGACCGCAGGAUAGCAACACAGAGAGUCACGCCCUCAACCAAAACACCACUCUAUAGCCACAAGUAAUGCUCAGAACAGCACCUAACUUCAUCAACAGGACAUAUAGGGUCACAGACAUAGUACUAGACACCAAACAUCUUUUUAACUUUGACUAAUUUCUUUAACAAAGAGACUAAACACAACUCACCUACUCUCUUCCAGCAGACGCUUGUUUGUAGGGAGACCUCAGGCCAGUCCAUUAGGGACUACAGCGGGGUGACGCAGCUCAAGGAAGAACAUUUAUGAUAAUAAUUAUGAUUAAAAGUAAUAAUUAAUUUAGUUUUACUUUAGAUAAUUAACAUUUCCAAAGAUGGAUUGCAGGAAAUACUUCACAUUUGAAUUGCUGAAUAUUCAUCUGUCAUGGAAAAACAGGGACUACAUUUGUGUUUUUUGUGUGAAUAGUCAGCAGCUCUUUCCUGCACCUCGGCCUCUUUACUGUCCAUUUUUUGUUUGGCGGCUGUUUCAGUUUCUGUAAAAAGUUGUUCUGAAUCAGGAUGUAACUGCAGAUGAAACUCUCCUCUGCUGUUACUGGAUCAGAUGUUUUUAUCCCAUUUCAUUUUCUGCUUUUUGUCAUUUCUCUGAAUUAUUUUCGCUCUCCUGGCAGAUCGGAGAGAAAAAACUUGGCUUGAUUCACUUUGUUGUAAAUUUAUGUUCCAUGAAACUACAUCUAAUUAAAUCGAGUCACUGAUUAAGGAAGAGUAGAUUAAAUGAUAUUUUACAGUGCACUCUGCUGUUAUUAACAAAGUUCACCACACACCCUCGGUCUGAUCGAUCAGCUCUUUCUGCGUUUUUAUGUCUUCUUCCAACUAUUAAUUUUUCCGAUCAAUUCCAACAAACAAACAAACAAAAAUCGACUUUUUUUUACAGUGUUUUUCACAAAGAAAAAUGAGCCUGGAGACGCAGCAAUAACAUCUAAAACCCUGGACUUGGUUCUGGUCCAAAGUGCCUCAUUAUUCAGUUAGAUUUGUGUGUGCUGAUGGAGCUCUUCUGCAGAGUGUAACAGUUUAAAAUCUGAUCUUGUGUGUAACCUGUGUGUGUGACCUGUGUGUGUAACCUGUGUGUGUGACCUGCGUGCACGGACGGACCUGCAGUUUGGAGUCUAAUUGUUUUUAAUCAGAUGAUGUCCUCGGGCCUCUCCUCCGUCCCUCUCUUCCUCUCCUAUCUGAUCUCAUCAUGUCCCCUCCACCCUCUCCUCCGCCCCGCCGCUCCAGACGCAGCUUUCACUCACAGAUAUAUUAAUGUGGCAGUUUAAUUAGCGAGAACCCACAUGGAUAUUGAUUAUGCACUUGCCUGGGGUAAAGUUUGCCUUCUGCUCCCAGUCAUGUAUCGAUCCGCGGGUGGGAAGGAGCGCAGAGGCAGACGCGGCGCUCGCAUAUCAAGUAGGCGAAUCUCUGAGCACGAGGCCGAAACACAACUUUUAACACAUGCAGGUGACUGAGCUACAGGUUAGAUCUCAAACACUUGAAACGUCUCACAAACAGAUCUCCUUACUCUGCACCAAACUUGUGCACGAUGAGGGGCCGGAGUCACUUGUUGCUGAAUGUUCUGAACCUGAACGUACGAGAAACUGAGCUGCAACCAUGAGACAGAGAAUCAGGAGGGGAAGGACGGUACAGCGAAGCCUCUCCAACGUUUCUGUCCAGUUUUUGCUCACAGAAGAUCUUAGAAACUGCAGACUUCUUUCUCCAGACAUACUGGAGAAAUCUACAGCAGCACACUUCACUUCAGUUUUUACCAAAAUGUUGAUUUCCUCACUCAAAUUAAUUUAACUUUGUGCUCGAACAUGUCGUUUAUACAUUUGUGUUGUAAAGAUGCAGUAGAAGUAGGGCUGACACAAACGAUUAAUCUGAUCAUCGACACAACUACGAUUAUUUUUGCGAUCAAUCGGAUCGUAUAUUUUAUGUUUUUAAUCUCAAUGGGACCAACCUGCUUAAAUAAAGGUUUAUAUUUAAAUGUAUACAUUUUGUGAGGGUGACCAUACAUCCUCUUUUACACAGACAUGUCUGUGGCUGUCCGGGGAAGUUUAUAAAUUCUUCAAACCUCCUCAGUUUUGUCCGUAAGUUUCGAUUUUGUGUUUUGUGGACUUACUGAGUUAGAAGCACAGAAAAGACAUUAGAUCCGACCCGAAAAGCUCUCCAAUUAACAACUCAGUGACUCCGCCCCCACAUAGUCAUAUCCUCUUUCUGGUAAAUCAGAAUAUGGUCACCCGAUAUAUUGCAGAUUAUUGCAUUAGCAUGCAGCUGCUGUUUUACCUCCAUUAAAUAACCUCCAUCAGAAAAUGUUGAAGAGUAUGUGCUUACUAAAGAAGACAAUUAAGACGGCGGUUGAUUUCAACUUAUUAUAAAGUUUUUUUUUUAUAAAAUAGUGUUAAAAUAAAAUAGAAAAUGGAAAAUUAGCUGCUAAUUAGCCGACUAGCUCACUGAGGUGACGGCCCUUCUCUGGUGUCCUCUUCUUCAGCCAACCUGACGCGUUUUCUUUUAAAGUACUGGUGCAUGGUUGUCAUGGGCAGAUCUUGUAUUUUACAGACUUUUUGCUCCCAAAUGUUCUGCUCGCCAUUGUGAGUUUUAGUGACGUCGGGUGCCAACUUCUAUGAGCUCUAUGGCGCAUGUGUGUCCAGAACAAGGCACACACAGUGGAGGCUAUGGGCGGGGGGUACUGCAUCACUUUCGAGCAGAAAAAAAAGAUUUCUUCAAUAACUAAAAUAGUUGACGACCAUUUUGAUUGUCGAACUUUAAUCGGAUAAUCUGAACCAAUCAGGGGCUGUAUCUAUGAUCAGCUGACCUUUGAAGGCCCAAUCAGGGGCCAAGAUCUCCAAUUUCAGCAGAGCAGUAAAGGUGAUAAAAAUGAUGCUAAAUUUUGUGUCACUGAGGAAGAAAAACGGUUUUAAAAAACUAGUUUGAGGAACAGAAUCAAUAAAAGUCUCUGUAUCGAUGAAACCUAAAGACUUAUAACCUGAUAAACGUUCAAAUAAAUCUGUUCAAAGAGAAGCUGAAAGUGGAAAACAGAGAGAGAGUCAAGUUUAAGAGACUCGUGUUCGUUUUUGCAAAUAAAACAUCGAAAAAAGUUUAUUUUUCUUUCAAAAUAAAGCAAAAAAAAAAAAAAUCCUACAUCUCGAUUGAUGAUUUCAAAGAUGGCCGUUCUUCUUGUGCAGAUGGUUUUUUAAUUUUCUGCCUCGUUCCUGUGAGUUUCUGCCAGUCACAUGACUCAUCUGGAUCAUUAUCACAGCACUUAAACCCGCCCUGAUCCUGCGGUGAGCGAAAAGAGUUUCUACUCGACUGAAAGUAAAACUCGUCUGACCUCAGCUCGGCAGGAUUUAGAGGAAAGCCGUAAAAAAGAGUCUGACUGACGGCUUCAAACUCGCUCUCAGAGGAAUCCGGCGCCCCUGUAGAGUCUCCGUGUUUCGGAUCCAGCUUCACUCCGGGCCGAGCUGAACAUCAGAUUAAAGUUUCAACUUUCCCUCGCGUGAAACUCGUAGAUGAGCGUUGGAAUAAACUCGUAAUGUUCUCUGACUGACUGACGGAGGAGGAGGAGGAGGAGGAGGAGGAGGCCGCGGGCUGCUCCUGAAAAAUGAACAUGCAGAGAACAAACUGAUUAGAGUCUCUGGAUCCGUUUCUGCGGCGCUCUAAAUUCACAAAAAGCCGUCAGUGUUUGAUUAAAAAAAGGCCGAGUAAAGACGGCGUCGGUCUUUGAGAAAUGGCUGCAGAGUUUUGGCAGGUCGGGUUCAGAACGGUUUGAAACGGAGCCAAACGCAGACCGGAGGAGGAAGGAGGAAAGAGAGGAAGGGGAGGAGGGGAGGUGGCUGUAAAAAAGGAGCCCGACACUGUGACUGCGAUAUUAAAGGUUUUAUGAUUUUUCUGUCCACGGCUCACUUCAGCUCUGCAGCUUCAGGCGCUUUAACCAGGAACGGCUCGGAAAGGUCAAGCUAACAUGUUGUUUGGUCACAGAUAAUCUCUCCGUGUGAAUCCAAGAGUCUCUCUCCCUCCUCCGGGGCGCCGUCUCCCCGAGCAGAGUCUUCCUAUUUCUGCAGAUUUAACCGUUUUAGAUCCAAACGUGGCACCCUGUCCUGUCUACGCAGAAGAAACAAACUGAGACUUCCUGCUCCCUCCGAGGAGUCUGACGGCAGAUUUGGCCGCGAGCGAAUCCAAAAAGGUCACGUUAGAAAAGUGUGAAAUGGAGGGUGGGAACACCUCCGGAUCCAGGUCAGGUGAUCACCAAUCAGUGGGAUGUAUUGAUGAGUUUGGAUCAAUGAUUAUCUGCAGGAUUUGGGAACAGCACUGUGAGGAGGUAACGCCUUCUUUUACGGUACACUUAUUACCAGGUAAUUAACAUGUAAUUACCUGGUAACAACAUGAAAUUAUCUGGUAAUUACAUGAUAACUACUAAGUCAAUACUGUUUAGUUACCAGGUCGGUAACCUUCCAUCAUCAUACAAAUUUGAAGCCGAAUUGCUCUGGUAUUUCCAGGAUUUUCUCCACUUCCUGGAACCACCACUUGCUCAGUAGCGUUGUACGCAUUCGGCGGGUGAGUCGCUGUGAUGACGCUCGGCUCAAACAGCGAAUCGCUAUGCAAUCUUCGCACGCCCAUAGGCUGUAUCAAGUGUCAAUCAUAGAAAAUAAGAAGCUUUUGAAAAUGGAGCUGCACAGAAAAAAGAAAAACUAGACAGUAUUGAUGUAGUAGUUAUCAUGUAAUUACCAGAUAGUUUCAUGUUGUUACCAGGUAAUUACCCGUUAAUUACCUGGUAACAACAACAUAAGGAAGAACUUCUUCAAAUGAUUAAACAGAUCUGUUGUGUAGCUGGUUUUUGAGGGCACUGAUCAACGACAUACCUCGCUCAUCGGCUUAAUUACUCGACGUCACUUUGGAGAUACCUGAACCACCGCCACACAACCGACGUUGAAUAACUUCUCAACAAUAACAUCUUUGGAGGAUGACAAUAACAGGUCCUUCCUCCCCGCUGCUAUCAGACUCUAUAACCAGGCCCUCUUCUAGCAGACCAACACCACCAACAACAAUGAAAGUGCAAUACUACACCCCUAACUAUUUAUUAAUUAUGUGCAAUAUCAAUAUCAAUAUCAUCAUCACAUCCAGACCUGUUUUUUGUUGGCACUGAUCUUUCUUUCUUCUUUUACUCUAGUUCUUUAUCUUAUUUGUUUUUUUUAACCUGUUAUGAAUGCGUAUGUUGUGUGUACUGCUGCUGUUAAUGACUAAAUUUCCCCACUGAAAGGAUAAAUAAAGGAAAUCUAAUCUAAUCUAAUAACUCUCCUAAACUUUAAACUUUGCAAAACAGACUGUGAACAGAGCUCUGAAAACCCGUGGCGUGCUCGGUUACGAGGUCAGACGUAAAAGAAGAUAAAUAAAGUAGAAGUUUGCACCCUCUGUCAGCAGUAAAAACACUGAUCCAGCACGCAGAGAUUAAACUGAUCCAAGCUGUAUCACUUCAUCAAUUAUUCAUCCGCUCCUUUUUCUGCUUUCUCUCCGUUUGGCGUCUGAACAUCAGGAGUUUGUGGAGAAACUGGGUUGUUGAGCGAGUAAAGAGGCGCUAAUGUGCCGCAGCUUUGGAGGAGAAUCCGGUUUGGACGGGUUUGGACUUAUGGAGACGUGUUGAACCAAACUUUGAGUAAAUGGAUAAAAAGAUGAGAUUGUUGGCGAUGGAGGGGAGAAUAUUUGAGAGUUUUCCUCACAAUCAUGUCGGACAAGUGCAACAAAAACCUCCUUUUUCAUCUUGUUUUGUUUGGUGAGGGGGAGUCCGAGUGAGCUGCUGACUGCUGCAGAAAACAAGAGAGAGAGAGAGAGAGAGAGAGAGAGAGAGAGAGAGAGAGAGAGAGAGAGAGAGAGAGAGAGAGAGAGAGAGAGAGAGAGAGAGGAGGAAACGGCAGUAAAACCGAGACUGAGGCUAAUUAAAAAGGCUUAAAUUAAUUGAGUUUCCGUUUUCAACAGACAUGUAAAUCACACACACACACACACACACACACACACACACACACACACACACACACACACACUCGUACACACACUCGGGUGAGCGAGCAGUGACGAUGCGGAGAGCGAAUCAAAGGGUGAGAAAAGGCUGAUUAAGAGCUUAAAACUUGAGGAGGAGGAGGAUGAAGAGAGAGGGAUGAGGAGGAGGAGGAGGAAGAGCUUCAUGUGACAGAGGCUGCUGCAGGACACACUCACGGAGAGCGUCCUGCUUCUGUUUCAGGAUUUGAUUUGGUUAGAAAAAAGUGGGCGUGUCCUCAGGGACAGGUGAGGACACGCCUACAAACCCGGCACAGAGGGCGUUCCUUAAAAAAGCAGAGUGGAGGAUUUGUUUUGGGGCUUUUGUGCUUUUAUUUUGAAAGGACACGACCGUGGAUUUAUUAUUUUCAGUAUCAGAAACACACACACACACACACACACACAAACACACACACACACACCCCUCAUGUGUCCUUCCUUGUUAUGCACGGCGUCUGUGAUCUACGUCUAUGACACUGUAAUAUAUUUGUCUGUCACUCUUUUGCUUUCCCCCUGAGUAGCUUGAUGAAUGUACUGAGCACAAUAAUCUCACACACACACACACACUUGUACGCACACACACACACACACUUGUACACACACACACACACACACACUUGUGUACCAGUAUAGAAGCAGGAAAGGAGGGGCGGAGUUUCUUGACUUCAAUUCUCAAAGAAAUUUGUUCGUCAAGGUGAUGUUGAUCAUUUUCUGAGAUCUUAAAUAGAAAAAUCUAAACUCUACAAAAUAUUUCAGACGUUAUUUUGCAGAAUUAAAUUUUUUUAAAGAUAUAAAACAGAUCCAAAAUCAUUUUUUUACUUUUUUUACUUCAAAUAUUCACAAAAAAAACGGUACAUAUGACUUUGCAAAGUCAGCAGAAUGAGACUUUUGUUCAGAGAUGUUACUUUAGCAUGUAGAGGAUAAGAACGUAAAGGCUGCUUUGUCCACAGGGGGCGCCAAAGUUGACAAAAACCAAAAGUUUCUCACUGGUUCUUUAAAGGUAGGCAGGAAUCUGUAGCGUGUUGUAGCGCCAUCGCUAAACUGUCGACCUCGGGUCCUGGACUAUGUCACUUUAUCCUUGUUCGGUCGUGGAGAUCUGUAGGAUUUUAUAACCUUCCCCGGAUUUUGAGUCUCUGAAAACGACUUGAGGACUUUAGCUUCAGCUGCAGGAACAAACCAAAAACCAGCCUUGACAACGUUGAACAAAUCCUUCAAACAGACAAACCUCAGUGUUCAGGAAGCUGCAGUGAUGGUGGGUCAGAUUCAGACCGGACCUGAGUCCAGUUUGGUGGUGGUGACGUAGACUGGCAGCAGGUUUAGUAAGUUUCAAACUGGAACUUUAAAGAGGAGAGGCAGAAGUGAGAAGAUGGACCUGAGGGGUGGAAGAGGCAGAGAGUCUGAUUCCUGUUAAUCACUGAAGUUUAUUUUACAGCCAACACUCCUCAGUUUCAGCCAGAAAAAGAAAAGUAAACACUGCUCUAAUUAUCUCUGAACGAGCUCACUUAACAGAUUUUUGACUCUGUUCACUUGGAAAAUCGACCGCUGGACUCUUCAGGCUGCAGACAAAACAAAAAAUGAGGAGAAGGAGAAAUCAGGACGAUUACAGAGAAAGAACUGAUGAUGUUAUUCAGGACUUUAGUCAGUUCGAUUGUUUGAAUCUGUUUUAUUCUCUCUCUGAAAGUUAGUUUUUCAGAGUCCUCCCUCUCUGACUCCUCCAUAUUCUCCUUUUUUCUUUCACUGGGACCCUCCAUCCAUCUCUGUCUGUAUCUGCGGUUAUCUGCUGCUCUCAGGGGGGGAGACUGGAGAGGGGGAGGAGGGGGAAAGUGGACAGCAGGUGGAGUAAACAGCGUAUCCCCUGGCAACCUAUUAGAUGACGAGCCCCCUCCUCCUCGUCCUCCUCCUCCUCCAGCUUCAUUUAGACUCAUAUUCAUCAGAGCAAAGAGGAGGAGAAACCUGCUUUUAGGAGUUUUAAAGGAGCUAUAAGGAGUUUUUGAUCGACUGAAAUUCACAUUGACGCCUUUUCAUGAUAUCUAAAAGCAGAAGAGACCAUCAGGGUUUGUAUCCUGGUUUUUAAUACCUGGAUCUUGUGGCAUGAAAUUGGUCAGGAAAUGGUCCUGUUUUUACAAUUUACACGUAAAAUACUCACAAAACAAAAAAUCUCAAAGUUUACUCUCUAAUAUCAGCAGGGAGAGAUUUUCUCCUGAAAGUCACUUCUCAAACAUGUAGAAGAUGAGAAAAGCGAAGACUGAUUUGUCCACAUGGGGCACCAAAAGUUCCUCCAGGGAGCUCUAAGAUUGUUGUUGUUGUAGUUUGUCUCUGAUCCAGCAGAGGGAGCUCUAAAAAGCACCCUCAGCUCGACUUUUUGUAAAGUAAACUCUUUAAGUAAACCGAGGUAAAAGAGGACAAACUAACUCCAGAUAGUUGUCCUCAGAUAUUUACGAUGCAUCACUGAGAAGUUUCUGCUCUUAAAACUUCACCGUAGAAACAAAGUUUUAUCUUCUCAUUCAUCUUUAAAGAAAACCAGAGAUUUCAAAAUUAAAGUCACACCUUUUCUUUAAAAAAAAGUCAUACAUUUUGGAUAAAGUGUCAUAAUUAGAGUCUUUGAUGUUUUAUUUUGUAGGAGCAUGUUGUCGUCUGUUAUGAUCCACAUCUCUUAUUUUAGUUUAAGCUGCUUUCUUCUCCUCGUAUAUCCGCCUUUAAGUUAUUUUACAUGUGGAUCAAUCAAAGUCUGGAAAUUAAGACUUCUGUGUAAAAAAGGUUUUUUUUCUCAUGCAGUUUCAUUUUAUUUUUAAUGGCUUUUACUUUAUUAAUACUUUUCGUCUUUUUAUUAAACAUUGUCUUAUCUCGGUUUGCACACUCUUACACUGACGUCCGAGCAGAGCGGGGCGAUGGGUUGGCUUCCUGUUGAAGCUCCUUCAUCACUGUGGUCACCAUGGGUGGGUGAUAUGGAAAAGUUUUUAUAUCAUGAUUUUUUUGCAGCCACAGUCACAAUUUUAUUGCAAUUUUUUGUAUUAAUAAUUAUUACAAUAAAAAUAAUAAUAAUAAUGAUUUAACAGAAUUAAUAAAUGAACUAAAAUAUCCGGAUUUUAAAAAACCAACAGCAUCACAUUUAUCGUGGAUGGUCUAAUUCUCAAUAAAUUUUGACCUAAAAUAAGACCUCACACACAAAAGUCGAUAUUUACAAAAAUGAUAGAUAGUCCUGUAAAUAAUCAACAAAACUUAAAACUAAUUUACAAAACACAAAAGAUAAAGAACAAAAUAUUUCGUAACUUUUUUCUUUCCUUUUUAUUGGCUGUUUUUUUUUUUUUUGUUCCCAACUCAACAUCUGAAAAAUCUUCUCUCUCUUUUCCUCCCCCACUCCACUGUUAUAUCUAAAAUUACUUUGUUUUGAUAAAAGCAGGUUUUGUGACUCUUUUAUACUGAUAUGACCAGAAACCAAAUCACCCGACGCAGGUCUGGGUCUACGAGGCUGUAAAAUCAUUCAUCAUGUCGAAUUUCUGCAGAAAAUAAUCUCCUGCAAUAUUUUUAUAACAAGGAAUGACGGAUUUCUACAGCAGCGAUGAGUCAGCUUAUGUUUAAUGCAUCCAUGUUCAUGACAAGUGUGUGUGUGUGUGUGUGUGUGUGUGUGUGUGUGUGUGUGUGUGUGACCUCUCCUGCACGUCAUUUACAACGUGCACACACCUGAGCUAAGUUUGCAAAUCAGUUCGAACAAAUCCUCGACUUUUCGAGAACGAGAAGAAAAAUCGUCUUUUUGAGUUUUUUUGUCGUAGCUCUGAAAAAGGUGAGAACGGCCGCCGACAUUUUUCAGUGUUUCUACGUUUUUUAAGACUUUGGUUCAGAGAUAAGAGACAAAGAGAGGAGGAGAUAGCAGGAGGAGGACAGAGGAGCAGAGGGAGGGAGGGAGGAGCAGGAAGGAGGCCGGCUGCUGGAGCUGCUGUUUCAUUAACUGCCGGUCGACAGCACAUACAUCAAGCUCCCACAAUGCUUAGGGAGCGCGACUGUAACCCGCAGUGAUCCGCCCGCAAGAAGGGACGCCGGUGAUGGAUUGUGUGACAUGAACGGAGAGCACACACACACACACACACACACACACACACACACACACACACACACACACACACACACACACACACAGCCUGAGCUUUCCUCUAAAACUGGAUUUCCUGAGUCUGAUGACAUCUGGGAGGAAUAAAAACGAGUGAAGGGAAAAAUAUUUAAUCUGAAACUCUUCUCUGAUUUAAAACGUGUAAUUUUCAGAACAGAGACCAUGUAAUGACGGGUUUGAGUCAGAGCGAGCUUUACUCCAUCCUCAAACUGCUGAUUUUUCUGGAGUAACAAACAAAAACACGAUAAACGCGGUGACUGUGGGGGUCCUUGUUGAGAAGGUCAGCUGCAGCCGGUUCAGGACCUUGUGGCGUUUUGCUCUGAGGCGGUUCUCAGAAAGUUCUGGUCAGCUGCAAACUUUCCUGCUCGCCUCAGGGUCCUGGAGGCGUUCAGGUCCUGGAGGCUUGAUGGAUUACAGCCAAUCAGCUUUCCAGUAAAAGAAAUGAUCCGCCGCAGUCCGCUUUGUCUUUGGCACACAGCAGGGGGGAUGAGAGAGGUGACUCAAAACGCUGCGUUUCCACAAAUGAGUUACAGGGAAACUUAAUUUGACACCCAGAAGAGUUCCUGCUUGGAGGGAACUGACUGGAGUGGGACUCUAAGCUCUGCUCGUCUCAGAAAGCUAGCAGGUGGUUUAAUCCUCUGGAUGUGUCUCAGAGUCUGAGGUCUUCAGAGACCGGGUCCCAGCUUGGUUGCAGAUUCAGGGUUGACAGGAUGGAGUGGUUUUCUCUGCAGGUUGUGAGAAACAGGCGCUCAUGAAAGCGCUGCAUUGAGCAGUUUAUGACUUUUAAUUUAUCUGAUGUAUUUGGCAACUCGCUCAGAAGCUUCGGGCGCUCCGAACUGUCUGCUGGCAGCGCCGCCCUGAUCCGUCCCUGCUGAGGCAGCUGCUGCACCGGAGCUGGAGGGACCGAACAUUUAGACAGCUGGCCGAUGGGAGCUGGAUGAGCCCUUUAAUACCGACUCUCUCACCAGCAGAGGGGUUCUCUCUGUAUCUCCUUCUGAAAACUGGAUUUUUCUUCUUUUUCUUUGUGGUGAACACAGAAAUACUCCAAAAACACAAGAACAUGAAAGUCAGAUUAGAGGAGCGGUCAGGGAGCGCCAAACUGGACCUGGUCCUGUUAGGGUUAUCUGCUGCGUUUCAGUUUCCUCAGAAGUCGGAGCUGUGAACGACGUUACACCCGAGUUGACGGUGUUCCAGAAAACAAGUCAGAAAACCAAGAUGGACGCCUACAUUUUAGAUCAAAUGUAUAUAGUGUAGCAUUUAUACAGAAAUGUUGACUUUGACACUAACAUCAAGUUACUAUCAUGACAUUUUUAUUUGUUUGGAUUAUCUAGGAGCAUUACCUUCACUCUGGACACUAUAAGACACAUUUUUACAGACAGAGACGUCAGAUUUGCUCCAAAUGAAAAUAUAAUUCAAUUUAAUCAUUUAAAUAAACAGUUUUUAUCCUCAGAUAUGGAGAGAAUUGGAAAAAAAGGCCUGUCUCUAAUAGAGGCCUGGUACCCUGGGCCUUUAUUUGAGGAUUUAUGGUUCUUAGAAAAGUCUCGGUGUCUGUCUCUGGUAAUUUAAGUUCUUCCUCUUUUGAUUGACUCUGUUAAGUCAGUAAGUUGAUCAUCUGGACUCUUUAGGAGGUUUGGAGUAAAAAUACAUAGACCAGUUACCCCAUCAGGCCAGUUAUAAUAGCUGCACGAUUUUGGCCAAAAAGAAAAUCUGAAUUUUAUUCUCUUAAAACUGAAUUUAAAUUUCGAUUUCUUAUUCAGUGACAAUUUUACCAAACUUCACUUUUAAAAUAUAUAUUUUUUCUAUUAUUACCCAAAACAAAACCACUGAAAACGAUGUAGUGCAUAUGCCAAGCCAGUGAGUGGCGCUGUAACGCUGCACAGGAAAUGCACAAAAGACAGAAGAAGAGUACAGAGCAUGUGUAUGAAUGUUGUUUUGGCGCCAUAAAAGAGUUACUCUGUGUGUCACAUGAUCGUUUCAAGAGAUUCAGAUAGACAUAGGGGCGUGGUUAGCGCUUCAUCAGAAACUUUGAAGUCGUACCAAUUCCACACGACUGACUCGCUCUUGUCCUAUUUAACCACAAAAUUAUCGCCUUCUUUUGCAAACGCCAUGUUUGGGAAUGUGGAGUCUACGGUGGCCUGGAGGUGCGAAACAUGAUAGCGAGGAAAAUCGAUUUGACAAUUUUAGCUUUUUAACAUCGUCACAAUUAAAUAAUCUGAUUACGAUUUAAAAAAUAAUCUGUAUCAGCCGCUGGCGUAGAGGUAAUUUUUCCGGAGAUGACUCGCUGUCGGGGUUGGUAGUGGACGUGUUCAGGCUGAGGCGUUGCUUUUCGCUCUAUCUUCUUGCUUUUCUUGCGAAUACGGACACUCACUAGAGAUGCUUUGUGCGUCCCUAACAUCAGAGAUAGGUGGCGCUGUUUCUCCUACAUAUAAUCUAAUAUCAUAAACACAAGUUCAAAGUAUAAACAUGUCUGUCCUUCCUGCGGUUAAAGUACUGACCCUUCGCUGAAGUAACUCUGAGGUGUUUCAUUAUUCAGGACUCAAAGUCGUGCAGCUCCAUCUGAUUCAAAGUUUUCAUGCGAGCGUAAUUCCCCGUGUUGAUUUUCUCUCACAUUUAGCGGAUUUGUUUGGUCUUUUUCAGAGGAGCCUGUAUUUUUCAUGCGAUCUUCCCGUCCUGUCUCUGAGUCUGUACGGACAGCAGGAGCUCAGUCUGCAUAGUAAUUGGUCAUGUAGGCGGCCGUAAUGUUUUAAUGCAUAAAUAUAUCAGGCUCUGGAAUUACAAUUUAAUGGUGUGUGGAAUUAGAAACGGCAGCUCUUGUUCCCUCCACUCACCCUCACUUUUUUACUCCCUCCUCCUCCUCCUCCUCUUUCUCCUCCUUAGUCUCUGCUCGCUCCGCUCUUAUUUCCCUCUUCAUUUUCCAUUUUCCAUAAAGCGCACAUUAUCUCCUAACUUUGUAGGUACUUUAAGAGAUAUAUUGUAGUGGGAUUUUGUGAAAUACAUCAUGCAGUAAAGAAAUAAAUCACAGUAUCAGGUGAAUCUUAUCAGCUGGCAGACAACAGGGGAGUGAGGUCGGAGCAGCAGCGUUUCUGAAAGUCAUUCCAUAAGUGUUUUUCUCUGUCAGAGAUAACUGUGAGCCGCUUCAGAUAUCAGCUCGAGUGAAUUUUUGGCUCGUUUCUGUGCUGAGCGAGAUUUUUUGUUCCAUUCUUUUAGUUUUUAGAGAAAGAAAGAAAGAGCGGGUUUGUCAUUCUUCCACCUUGGUCCGAACUGAAAUAUCACAUCGUCCUGAUGAAAGAUGACCCUGAUUGUGAGAUGACUUCUUUUCAACUUUUUUUGGGGGGAGACUAAAGACUUUUUUGUAGAGAUAAGAGACACUUUAUCAGACAAGUCCUGAAGGGAAAUGUGACAGAGAUACUGUUGGAGGUAUUUUCUCUGGGAAAAGUUAAACACUGAGUCAGUUUGGUGUCAUUUAUUCAAUAAAAGAAGCACUUUUGGUGUCUCAAUCGUAGUUUUGCAGGUAUAAAUAGUCGAGGAAUCACUCUGCUUACUCUACAAAUGUCCACCAUAGAUCAGAGUUUCCUCGUCUUGCUGUACGCACAUGUGGACGGUGCAAACAGCCAAACUUUUCCAGCCCACCGCUAAAAUUUCUGCAGGAUGUUGAGGUGAGCUCGAAAUGUGUUGCACCGUGGGUAAGUGGGUGGGAGUUUAUAUCAGGCGACCGGUGAAGCCGGAAGAGCCGCAGGAUGAGUCAAACCGUCCGUGGUUAAAGAAGGGGAUCAUAUUAGGACGAGGACGGAGGAGAUGUCUGCAGGACGUGUCCUCUUAGGGCUGAUUUAUGCUUUCAAAACGUAUAAAAAUGUACAUGUCCGUUACUGCCCACGUACAUACAUGCGUCCUUUAUGUUGGCGUGGAUGUUAACCAUCACAUCCACCAGGGGGCAGGCCGGAGUCAGAAGUUUCUGACAACAACAAACAAAAAGAAACUUGUUGGAGGAGGCGGUGGUCGGUCAGGUUGGAGGACGGAGAACUCUUUUCUCUAGUUGUACCGAUGACAGAAAUUCUCAGUAUUUCAGGAUGUCCGCUGGGGCAUUUAACGACUUGCUUCACCGGUUGGCCUCCUACAUCCAGCACCACAGGUCAGAAAGCCUCGCCAUUGUCUUCUUCGUUUCUCUCUAGAGAUCUGUAUCAGGUCGUGACAGCAGCAACACUGCCCCCACGGUUUCUGGUGGUACUGCUCCAUCCGGCCCAUAUCCAUAAACUUAAAGGACACGUGCAGAAAUACGUAUGAAAGGAACACAAAGCACGGAUGGAGAGCUCCGUCCGUAUCCAGAUCUGUGUGUCACGUUGAGGAUAAACGAGCCUUAACAUGUUAGAUGAAUAUCCGUCAUGAUUGUGGAGGUCAUGCCAUCAUUUUGAAGCUCUACAUUGUGUCUCUGCAGCUCCUGACCUCCAGAGACUCACUUCUUCUCCCCAACUUUUGAAAAUUUUGGUGCCACACCUCCGAGAGUAUUCUGAGGAACUUCAGGACAUAUUUGCAAACAUAUUUAACGUUGAUGCGUGUAACCAUCGGGCUUUAAAAACUGUGGAUGGCUUUAUUUAAACAGAUAAAGUACACAAGGACAUCUCCAGACUUUCUCCGCUGCUGUCCUGCAGAGUUACACCGUUCUGCUCACUGAAACUUUACCAAACUUAGAAAACAUACACACACACACACACUCACACACACACACACACACACACACACACACACACACACACACACACACACACACUCACACACACCUUCUUUAUGUGUCAGACUAAUUUGUGUCUUCCUACCUGUCAUAUUAUGACUGCUCACUGCUCAGUGUGUGAGACAUUUUCUUUUUCUCUGUAUUAUAUUCAUUUUUCUUCCACUCAUGCUGAACUAAUUACUUGUUGUAAACUGUCAGUCAGGCUGGUGAGAGUGUAGAUGUGUGUGUGUGUGUGUGUGUGUGUGUGUGUGUGCAGAGUAAUACUGUUACACUGAUGUUAGAGUGCAGCUGUGCAGAUAUUACAGAGGGAUAGAUGUUACACUUGAUUUUAGUGUGUUUUUCUAUUCUGAGGUAACACACACACACACACACACACAUGCAUCCCAUCCCCCCACCUCUGUGCCUCUGUGUGUGUGUGUGUGUGUGUGUGUGUGUGUGUGUGUGUGUGUGUGUGUUUGUUGGUGCUCAUUAAUUAAGGUGUCACCUUUGGUCACAUUUAACAUGAGAGUGUGUGUGUGUGUGUGUGUGUGUGUGUGUGUGUGUGUGUGUGUGUGUGUGUGUGUGUGUGUGUCUCCUUGCAGACACUGAACCAAUCAGAGCUCUUGUUGAAGCUCAAACUGCUGAUCUUUGCAUGUUUCUGUUGUUGUGUUCAUUUUCAUCCUUUCACUGAACGUUUGGGAUUAUUGAACGCAACUUUAGAUGACUUUUCUGCAACCUUCUGUUUGUGGAGGAUUAAAUUCAGAGACGCUCACUGAUACGUUGAGUGUAGUGUUAGUCCAGGCAGGCCGCAAAGUCAAGGUAAACCCACAGUUUCUAAACUGAGAGCCUAACUGAUGAUCUUUUACACAUCUGACUCGCGAAUGUCAAAGUGGAUGUUCGAUUUAAAUGACUUCAGUUUACUUUCUUCUGCUCUGAUUGAUUCUGCUGAUAUUAAAUUAGAGUGACCAUAUUCUGAAUCCCCCGAAAAGAGGACACGACUACACGGGGCAGAGUUGCAAAGUCGCGGAGUCGGGUGAAGUAAAUUUUGAAAGUUGUUCGGGUUGGGUGGAGUGUUUUUUACAUGCGACACAAACUCAAAACUUCCAUCCAAAACCCCGAACAUUUAGAGGAUUUCAUGAACUCCCCCGGACAGGCCGGACAGCCCCUAAAAAUGAGGAUAUGUCUGGGUAGAAGAGGACGUAUGCUCACCCUAAUUAAAUGGGUCUUUGCUGCUGCUCUCCCUGCCUGUUUUAUUAUUCAUGCACAUGAAACAGAGCUGUGGCGCCCUCUCCUGGAUUUUACAUUUAACAUACACACACAGAAGGGUCGGCUGCAGUCAGGAUAGAGCCUGGGGGUCUUUGCUGAUGAUCUCCCCACCUUGACUUUUUUUGACGAUUAGUCGAUGUUCACAAAAAUCGAUGAUGAAAAAAGUCGACAAUGAAUUCCAUUGUCGACUUUUGUCGCCAGACGGAGUGAGGCAUCUUACUUCAUUACCAUCUCGGCCUAGAGUCACACAUGUGCAAUAGCAUCUUCACUGAACAGUAGGGUAUUCAAACAUGGCGGCACGACCGUCCUAUACAGCAGCUAUGAGCACACGCUUAAAAACCUCCAAAGUUUGGGAGAACUUUAGCUGAGAUAAGGCGGGAAAAAAAAAACUUUCAGGGUUUGCAAAGAAGACUUUGCGUGUCAUGGAGGUAUGUUGUUGAUGCACGAACAUUUGAGGAGAAGGCAAGUCGGAAUUUUGGAUAAACAGUGAGACUCGCCUCGGUAAGAUAUUAUCUGGUUAGUGGACUUAUCUUUUCAAUAGUCGGUGAUGAGUCGACGAUUAAAAUAGUUGGUUGUUGCACAUGAAACGAAGAGGAGGUGUGCUCUCCCUACCUCUUCUGUGAAAGGGCUGGAAGUUCUCAAAAAAAGAGACAUAUGAUCAAAUUUAAGUGAUUGAACAAAAAAAAUGAAUCAUCUUUCCUGAAGAAACUGAACCAGGGAUUUAAUUCAUGUCACACUUUUGGCUUAAAUUUCAGUAAUCCUCCAGAAAAAGUGACAGAAAUGUACACAGGAUGUACCAAAGAUCUACUCAGAGAAUCUAAAUAUAUCACUUUUUUCAUUUGUCAUGUUUUGGUUUGCAGUGAAGUUGCUCUUUUAACCGGUUCAGUCUUUUUCCCGUUCACCUGUUCUAUUUGUUGACAUGAACAGUGUAUAAGAGCCGACAGAAUCCCUCCCCCUGCUGAGCUGCAGUUCUGUUUUCAUGGAGCGUCCGGGUCGGUUAUUCCCCACAUAUUUACAGCGUGUUUAUAAAAGAGUCAUGAAGCUCGCUGCACACACUGCUGAAGCCUCCGUGAACAAUGGGUCUGAUUAGGAGCUCCUUCCCUCGGGGGAGUCGGUUCUGGCAGCGGUCGGUUGGAACGAUUGUUCAGGCAUCCCCUCUGUUUGUUUUUAAUUUCCAUUUCCACAUUAUUAUUUCCCUCGCUUAUUUUGAGGAAUAAUGAGUCACAUCACUUAAAGGGACCGCGCCGCCGCCGCCGUCUCAAGUCUGAUGAUGUCAUCGAGGAGACAGAUCCGGGAGCGGCUCGGCUGACGGUGAAUAAUGGAGGAUGUUCGGACUCUGAGGCCGCGGCAGAGGAGAUGAGGGGGGAUUAAAGAGGACGGACAGGAUGCUCUGAUACCAGGUGGACAGAGACAGGUGGACCGCAGACACUGACUUUACUGUCAUGAUGCACAAACACAAACUUCUCAAAAGUGGCAAAAAAAUUAAAAAGCACAAGAGGAUGGAGCAGGACACUAGAAGAGAAAGAGGACGUGUGUUAAAGGGGGACUGGAACAUCAAACUAACCACGGACCAGGCAGGACCAGCGCCUCAGCUGCAAAAUUCUUUAGAUCCAUAUGCAGAAGUCAGUACGUGCAAAUCCGCAUGUUCUGACAUCUGCAAGAAAACAAAAAAAACUGAAGUUUAGCCACAAAACUCCUGCAGAAACCAAAAGUUGAACUCUUAGAUUUGAUGUCAGCAACUUGUUUGGUGUGAUGCAUCAGCUCUUCAUUUACCAACACUCUGUUCAAAAAGAUCAGUGAAGAGUCCGACAUCUCAGUCAUCUUCAUCCUGGUCCUGUUACCAAGUCUGCAGAUCCUCUUCCAGGUGCUUUUCCAUUGUUUUCUUGUCUCGGUCUCGUCUGUUUUGAAAUGAUGGUAUAAUUUCCAUAAAACAAUCAUAAUUGAUCUGCUGUCUUUGCACUAUUUCAAAUUGCUUAUAUGGGUUUUAAAUCACUAUAAACUGUUACCUCUUUGAUCAGGCUUGUAGUUUUAGUGUUUGUGGUAGGGACGUCCCGAUACGAUAUUGAUAUCGGGCCAAUAUCAGCUAGAAAACAAAUAUCGGAUUAUAUCGGCCUGCAUCUAAAAUCUCCUAUAUCAGCACUCUGUCCAUUCCAGACUCCACUCCGACACCUCUAUCUAGCAGCGCCCUGAUCCAGCAUGUAGACCCCACGUAACCACGACAACAGUGUGUACUGAGGUACUAACAAGUAGGGGGAGUAGGAGUGAUGUCGUUACAGUCCGAAAAAGAUGUUGCAGCUGAGUGCAAAACUUGUCAUGCAGAAGUUUGUGCCAAUAUCGGAUCAAUAUCGGUAUCAGCCGAUACUGAAGGCUACAAUAUCGGUAUCGUAUCGGAAGUAAAAAAGUUGUAUCAGGACACCCCUAGUUUGUGUAGUUCGAGGAGCAUGCAUGAGGUCUUCCUUCUGAAGCUCUAACAGGACCAAGACCAAGCUCAUAUUUUUGCAUCGUUCAGAGUAACUUCAACAACACAACCAAAACAUGACACAGAUGCAUGCUGGGAUUUCAGCUUCUGUCCUGUUAAACUCAGGAGAGAGCUGGUUAUGCGACAUUAGAGCAGAGAAAACAUGUGGGUGUAAAUCCCGCCGGAGCGUCGUUUAUCUUUGUCAACAUAACAGAAGAAAGCGAGUUAACCUGAGAGGGCAGGGACGCUUUGAUUUUCCCAAAAGCUGCGUGUUUGUAAAAUCCUGACACAAAAUAAAGAGUGUAAGUUAACCUUUGAUUUUUGUAAAGUAUCUCUCUGUCAGCACAGACGUCCUGCCGUCUCUCCCUCUCUCUCUCUCCCUCUCUCUCUCUCUCUCUCUCCCUCUCUUCAUUAUUUCUCUGCGCUCAGCCGUUCUGCUUUUAUGAGACUGAACGAUCAAUAAAGGAUUGUGCAGGGAGGCAGAGAGCCUCACAUCCCCAUUUGGGAAGAUAAUUUGCGUCAGAAAAUGGCAGCGCUGCACAAUAGUAUAUUGAUGUGUUAAAGAAAAGAAGUGGACGGCAUGCAUUAGACGGGGAGACUGAAACAGAGCGAGAGAAAGAGGUGAUAAAGGAGAGAUCUUCAAGACGACAGAGGGCUUUAAAAUUCAAAUAUGAAUCCAGGAGGAAAAAAACACUGUUUCUGAAUGUGAUUCAGGAUUUACUGUACAUAAUGGUAGCAGGAAGCGCCGUUCCACUGACCAUAAUAGACCGCAAUUAUGUCACAAGUAUCCCAUCAGCCACCUCUUCCUCCAAGCGGGUCAUCUGCAGAGCUGAGCGUGCUCGAAGAAAAGAAAAAUGAGACUGUCAAUUUUACUUUUGCAAAGGGAAAAAUCCUCCUAAUUAUUUGGCUCAGUCUCAUGCAAACACGGAGAAUAUGCAGCUCCUCGUGGAGAUUUAUUUUUAGACGGGAGCAACUCGGUUUCUUCAAACGGGAGGAGAUGAAAGUCAGACGCUUUUCCUGAUUAAAUCUGUGAUACAACGAGGAGCAAAAGAGACGUUUUAAAAUCAACAGCUGGAGUUUAUUUUCAUCCAGAAUUAAAGUUAUAAAUCUGAUUUACCCACAUGUCAAACACGCUAACACAAAAAUUCAUAUUCUGCCCACAUUAGCUCUGUUAUUCCAUCGUUUAAUCUGGGGUCUAGUCUGGAUUAAAUACUCUCUAUUAUGUUAUUCACAAAGAAUAAACAUCGAGAUAAGAUUCAAUCUCACCUUCAUCCACCUGACAGAGCCGAGGAACGACCAGACUCCUCCUGAGACCUUUUAUCAACCUUUUUAAACAGAUUCUAUUUCUUUCACCUCGAUCAAAUGAUGUUAAACUGGACUCUUAAAACACAGAACAUGUAAACAGGAGAGAUAAUGAUUUACUCUUGGACUCAGAGUGUCCCUAACAUCCACCCAAGAUCGGACUGUUGGUGACGUUUAACUUUAUGAAGAAACCUGCAGACGAAUUUAUCCGCUUCAGGUCUUGCUGUUGUUGAAAGAGGGAAACUAAAUAGAGUAAUAUCAGUUUUUCACUUUAGUUUCUUGAAGCAGGACUCGGUUUCCUCUUGAUCCGGGUCACAAAGCUCCAGCUCUCUAAUGAGGGAUGGAUCUGCAGGCAGAUAAAGACACCCGUUUAGUUUCCGCUGAAUCGAUUCUACCUUUUUCUUGCUGACUCUGUUGCACAUUAACACUCUCACGUCUCUCCAAACUCCUGCAGAGUGUUACACGCAGCUGGCAGAGUGUAAAUACCUUCAUUAAUAAUUAACGUCUUUCAACAUCACAUCAGGAUGGAAGUGCUGCUCUGAGAGAUUCACUUUGGGAUCCUGAGAAGACUUACAGGCUGCCCACUGAACCUUAGACGUCUAUUAACAGUCUCGUCUUAGUUUGGACAGAAAGUCGCCUGUCUAUAAUCGGUCUAUAUUUUAGCCUGAAUCUAGAUGAUAGAAUUUAAUCCACAAAUUAUUAAAUAUUAAAUAAAAAAACAAUCGUAAAUUGUAUAAAUGAUGGCCAGAUGUUGGAUUAAAACAUCUUUAACAGUCGUUGAUCAGUUAGUCUAUUAGAUGUCUACUCUAAGCUUAGACAGCUAAAAAAAAUUUCUUUUUAAACUGAUUUCAGCCCAAACUAACCUGGUUUAAACUAACCUGGUUGAAACUAGCCUGGUUUAAACUAGCCUGACUUAAUCCAACCUGAUUUAAACUAACCUGGUUUAAACUAGACUGACUCAGACUAACCUGGGUUAAACUAGCCUGACUUAAUCCAACCUGACUUAAACUAACCUGGUUUAAACUAGCCUGACUCAAACUAACCUGGUUUAAACUAGCCUGACUCAAACUAACCUGGUUUAAACCAACCUGACUUAAACUAACCUGGUUUAAACUAGCCUGACUCAGACUAACCUGGUUUAAACUAGCCUGACUCAAACUAACCUGGUUUAAACUAGCCUGACUUAAUCCAACCUGACUUAAACUAACCUGGUUUAAACUAACCUGGUUCAAACUAACCUGACUCAGAGUCACCUGGUUUAAACUAGCCUGAUUUAAACUAACCCGGUCUAAACUAACCCUGACCAUAAAUUAUUAAGUUGUAUAAGUGAUGGCCAAAUGUUGGAUUAAAACAUCUCUAACAGUCGUUGAUCCAUGUACAGUGUAGUUUAGUCUAUUAGACGGUUAGUCUAAGCUUCGACGGCUGAAAAACUUUCAUUUUUAGACCGAUUUCAGCCCAGACAUCUAAGGACCAUUAGUCCAAAAAUGCUCGGUGGGUGUUUUACUGGCGCUCUUUUGAUCCAGACUCCAGUUUGUGGUUGUGUUUGAAAGCCUUGUUUGGUGCAGAUUCUCCAAACUUUGUAAAGUUGCAUCAGAAAUAAUCGAGCUGAACUCCAACCAGCUUUUUAAUUAGAUUUUUGCAACAACAGGUGCAACAAAGUUCAGCUGGAGCGCCUGCUGGUGUCCGUCAGGGAAAUCCUGGACUCUGAUUUCAGCCAGCAGGUCAUCAAACUGGGACUGUCCGGUGCAGCUUCAGGCUCCUGUUACCUGAACAGGUCUCUUCUCUGCUCUCUGUUUGCUGUUGGGGGUGUUACUGAUGCGUGAGCGGACAGAAAAACUACAUCUAAAGUUUCCUGCUGGGACGGCGAGGAUUUCAGAGGAUGGACUGUGGGGGUAAAUGUUGACUUUGACCUGCAGAUCACAGAGACCGGUGGACGAGGGUCUAAAGACCUUUUUGUCGGAUCAAACAGGAUCUGUGUUAGUGAAGCUGUAGACCCAGAGGGGAGCAUGUUGUGCAGCAUCAUUAAGAGGACUCUGUCUCCUUUUGAUCAAGUCAAGUCUGUUUGGGACAUCAGGUCUAACCAAUCAAUGCCUCUCAUAUCCCUCGCUCUGUCUGUCCGCUGAAUGAGCCGUAAUCACCUCCAGUUUGAUCAGCUCAUUAAAAACUCACCAUAUGGGGAAUUAAAAACAAUCUCUGCGAUGUUUAGGAUGUAAUUUAAACCGUAGACUAUCGUCAAGGCAUUUUGUAAACUUGUUAUUGAGAUAAGUGAUGCAAUAUUUGGUGAAUCCCACAGCAAAUUUCUCUCAUUAUUCGGAAGAAAAAUCACUAAUAACUGCACCUGUGUUCAUUUUUCUUAAUGCAUUUGGUAAUUAUAGCAAAGUUUGGAGAAAGGAGGUAAAAUAAACCAGAGUAGAUGUGGUUAGGUGUGGAGUUUACGGUGAAUAGGGGUCUAUUGGCAUCAAUUAUUGGGACAUGCAUUUUUGGAAAGAUCUGAUUGGAUCCUUUUUUUUUUCUAUAAAAUCAGUUUAAUUGAUUAUGAAUCUAAACAGAAGGAGAUAAGAUGAUCGGAUUCUUGGUGACAGCACCAAAGCUUUACAGUGGAAAUAACAAAGGUUGGAAAUAACGAUAGACAUAUGGUGUGUUCCAUUUACCUCGGACAUCGGAGCUGGGAAUGACGUCACACCCGAGUAAUCAGCGUUUCAGUUACGAAGUCGGAAAAAAGUCGCCAACAGUCAAAAACAGAAGCUGAAACAAAAUGGCUACAUCUACGAAUGUUAUUCUCGAGCUUGUUUUGUCUGAAUAUAAACAACUUCUGAACAAAUAUGCGGUCCUCCUGUCAGAAAUCCGACCUUGGGGGUCGUUCCAUUUGAAAGUUCCGACUCGGAGCUCAAAAAUCCUGACUUCCAUUUACAACUGGAAUGCACCAAUCGUCCCUGUGAAGUCAUACAGAGGUCUCUCAGAGGGGUUUUUGGUCGCUAUAUUGGAAAUACUGACCCAACUUGACAAUGAAUCAAUCUAGAAACAGACGCAAUCUUCGCACGACUUGGUGUGAAAAUCCUCCAAACGGCCGAGUCCAGAAAACAGAGUGAUCCAGAUCAAAGAUGUUCCAUAAAUGCAGCUGAAAACAUGUUUAAUUUUGAGUUCAAAUAGAUGUACAACUGGAUCAAAAAAUGACCCAAAGAGGACAUUUUCCUGAAAAAACUUUAUUUUCAUAUUUUUUCUUCUAUUCAUGAAAAAAACGACUUAAACUCUGAGAUUGUGAACUUAACUUUUAUUCAUUUUAGAAAGUUAAAUAUCAUGUUGAAGAUGCUCUUAUUUCAAACAUAAAAACAGAUGAUAAAUCUGAACCCAAAUCGAGUCAAAUCCAUUCAUUCAACUGCUGCUCACUUUUAACAUUGGUGUGAAUGGGGAUUCCUUUGCUUUCGCUGGCAGCCUCAAGUGGUCGCUCAAAGAACUGCAGUUUUUUGCACAUCCUUUUGAGCUUCUUUUUUUCAGUAUUAAAGGUCACCACUUUUUCUACAAAACAGUUUUCUACAUUUAAAUCGUAUUUUGACUGAAGAACAACAGACCCAGAUAUUCAACUCAAAAACAGGAAAACUCUCUCACUCAGAGGCCAAAGACAGAGCAGAAAGCAGCGGCGUACAUCACAUGUAACUCACGGAUCAGCUGCUCCUGAAACUCUGUAAUAAGACAAAGCAACAUAAAUAUAGAUGAUUCCUUCAGUCUCAUAUCUGUUGCUGUGAAUCAUCUUGUAUGCGCUCUCUGCUGCUGCUGCUUUUGGAUCCGGGCUCAGCUUUGUGCGGUGUGAGGCUCAGAGCAAUGACAGGGAUAUUGCACAUUUCUGUAACAGUGCCCUGCAAUGCAUUAGGGAAAUAAAGAGAGAAGAUUCUGGCAGCUUUGUUCGCUGAGCGGGCGGGUAAAGAGCUCCGCGUCCAAACCUCGGCCAUAUUUCUCUGCUUCCAGAUUUGUUGAUGAGCCAAGACGAAGGAGCUGCUGAAACGGUGGAUCCGGAGCCUGUAACCUCGGCAGCAUUGGUCAUUUUUGCAGACAUCACGGCGGCUCGUGAGCGAUGUUCUUUUGAUGAAGCCAAAUUCAGAUGAUGCAAAGUGCCGGAGAAGUCGUAUUUUAGUCCAAUUAUGGAGUUUGUCUCAGAUAUUUUAACAAAAACCACAUGUACCGUUAAAUAAUCCAGCAUUGAACCUUUUUUUCUUCAUGUUAUUGGGAGAAAAAAUGAUCAAACUGGGGUGAGAGGUUGGACCCGGUUCGCCAAACUAUAAAAUCUCCUUCUCAAGGCUUCAUCAAAUAAUCCUUGAAUUUGACUGAGUCUAAAAACUGGAGCUCAGACUUCUUGGACGGUCUGUUGGCAAAUUAAAUCACUCAGCCAGAUGGAUUAUUUAUCUAUUAUCUAAUAUUUGCAUGAGAAAAUCUCCAAAAGAGAAGCUUAAUCUCCUGAGUGGACACCUGGGCGGCUCGCUGCUCCGACCUGCCAAUCAAAGACGCCUCGUGAUAAAUAAGAAGAGAUGGAGCCGUGUUUUCUUUUAUUCAUUUUAAAGACAAAUGUUAAAUUAAAAUGUUUGCUGUCAUGUGAACAUGUUUCAGAGUCAAAGCUGCUCCAAACAGGAAACCUGCUCAGUUGGUGACUCUCCUUCAUGAGCUCCAUACUCACCGAAAAGAAACGUCCCGCUACGUUUCUUGUUGGUUUUUGCCCCGUUACUCUCCCGAAACAUUCUGGGUCAGAUUUCGGAUCCUUUACGUUUGGCUAUGCUUCAUUAAAAGAGAGAGUUAAAGCUCCUGUGGGGAACAUUUGAUUAAGCCCAAGUUUGGCGCCCCCUGUGGACAAAGUAGUUUUUCCUUAUCAUUUGCUCUACAUGCUUCAGUUGUGUCUCAUGAUAAAAAUUUGUCAGUUUCAGUCUGAUGUCUUUUGCUCUUUGGUGUCAUAAAAAUGCAUCCAGAUCAUUGUCAUUGUCUGUCAAUGUCCUUGAUUUUGUGGCAUGGCAACAGUGAGGGAGGCUCCCAGAAAGCUGGCCAAUCAGAGGGACAAUAGAAAGCUGGAAAAUUAGCUAAACCCUGUCUUUUUAGACUGGUCAAUAAUGCUGCUUUCCAGUAACCUCAGAAGUCGGAUGUCGGAGCUGGGAAUGACGUGACAUCCGAGUUGAUGCCGUCCCAGUUAACAGGUUGGAAAAGAAAGAUGGACACCUACUGUUAGCAGUUGUUAGUUGUUGUAAACAAUUGUCAGUUGUUGUUAGCCAUUGUCAGUUGUUGUUAGCAUCCAGAUCAUCGUCAUUGUCUAUGUCAUUGUCCUUGACUUUGUGGCAUGGCAACAGUUAGGGAGACUCCCAGAAAGCUGGCCAAUCAGAAGCCAAAGAAAGCUGGAAAAUUAGCUUGACGUCAUCUUGUUAAACUGGUGAGUAAUGCUGCCUUCCACUUACCUCGGAAGUGACGUUACAUCUGAGUUGAUGGCCUUCUAGUUAACAAGUUGGAAACCAAGAUGGAUGCCUACUGUUAGCUGUUGUUCGUGGUAAUCAGCUGCCGUUAGCCGCUGUCAGCUGUUGUUAGCGGUUGUUAGCCAUUGUCAGCUAUUGUUAGCCAUUGUCAGCUGUUGUUAGCCAAUGUUAGCUGUUGUCAGCUGUUGUUUGCUGUUGUUAGCUGUUGUCAGCUGUUGUUUGCUGUUGUUAGCUGUUGUCAGCUGUCAUAAGAUGUUGUCAGCUGUUGUUAGCGGUUGUUUGCCGUUGUCAGCUAUCAUUAGCUCUUGUUAGCGGUUAGCCAUUGUUAGCCGUUGUCAGCUGUUGUCAGCUGCCGUUAGCUGUUGUUAGCUGUUGUUAGCUGUAACAGUUGUAAACAACACGUAACACAAUAUUUUACUCUUACAAACACCAUAGCACCAAAAAACAAAACACAAGUGCUGAUAGAUAAAACAUUACGAGAGCUUUUAUUGUUACUCUUUACUGUUGAUCUACUGCGCUGCCAUCUUGGAUUAUGACGUUGUCGUCAAGUCGGGGUUGGUUAGGAUCGCCUGACUUUACGAGUCGGAAAUCCGACUUCAGGGGGGUGUUCCAGAUGAAUUUCUGGCUCGGAACACAGAAAUCCCGACUUCUGAGUACAGCUGGAACACAGCAUUAUACAUUGAUGCUCAGACAUUUUUGGAGACAGCCUCAAGUGGCCACUGGAGGAACUGCAGUUUUUUAAAUCUGUGUCAUCUUCGUUUUCUUACCCACAAAGGUUAAAACUCCUUCUUCUUCGCCGCCGGCAGCUCUCAAACGCAGAGAAAGUCGAGUAUUUCUGUCUGAGUUAUUGAACUCUGUUAGCUGCACAUACAUACACAGACCCGUGGAGUUUGACAAGCACCUGAGGGGCGGGACUUAUCGACUCAGCCGCGGACUCAUCAGAAGAUUGUUCAGUUGGGCCACUCACAUUAAUGGUGAAGUAAAUUGAAAAAUGCAAUCAAUGAGCGGAGUGAAUGCUCGGCGGUAAUGAUAUCAGCGCGAGAUAAUCCAAUAAUUGCAGAGCUGAUGUAUUCUCUAUUGGUAUUUGGCCGCUCCGCCUGUCACUAUAAAGUAUGCUCCUCUUUUCUUUCCUCCGGCUCAGAGAGGAGGAGAGACAGAGAAGAGGAGGAGGAGGAGGAGGAGGACACAGCUGCUCUGAGAGGAGAGAGAGUAUGAUGCACAGAAACUUCAGGGACUAUUCAUUAAAGAGAAACGACCACAACAUGGGAGCUUUUCCAGAAAUACAGGCUGGACCUACAGGCUGUUUAUCUGCACCGUUUUAAAAACUGCCAGAGCUGGUGGUUCCUGGUUGAAACUACAAGUUACUGACCACUAAAGUAGAGAGUUAAACUUGCUGGACUUCAUUAAAGGUAGCCAUCAAAUCUGCAAAAAUACGUCAAUAAAUAAUCUCUGUGAAAACCAAACCAGUGUAUUUCCUCCAAACUCCACUAACAUCUGCACACGGUCAUUCUGCAGCCUUUCUCUCUGAUUCGGGUUCCACUUUGCAGACAGUCGACAGGAAGUGUCAUAAAAUACAACGCUGCCAUGGAACAUUAGCCCUGCCGGAGCGUGCACUGCACACUGAACUCACCCAGACAUCACCUGGAGCGGCUGUAUGUGAGAAAGUAAAUGUCAGAAUCAGUUGACCCAGAAAUUAAACAGACUUAACCCUGCCAGCGAGUGAGUGGGCGUGCUGAAAGAGACGUGCUCCGAGUGAAGCUGCUCCCUACUUCACUGUUUUCCCAUUUUUGGAUGCUGUUUUAGUUCAGGUGUGUUUGAACGUCGGUGAGAAGGAAAUCUGUCAUAAUCAUGUGGACGUGUGUGUGUGCUUUACCAUUUCAACAAAACCAGAAAUACAGGAGGCUUAAAGUCCUGCAUUUGAAGACGUUUGUGUGUCUGAUAUUUGUCUAAAUGCUAACUCCUCCGUUCUUAAAGCUCCUGUGAGGAACUUUUUGUUUGUGCUGAUUCUGUCGCCCCCCAGAGGACGAACCUCACCUUUUUUUAUUAUACUGAUCGUAUUUUACUGUUUUUCAUGGUGCUGUCAAUCAUCUCGUCUGACACCUCCCCUCCCUCUCUGUGGGUUCAGAUUAGACUAUAUAUAGAAUGAACGCCAUCUGCCUCCUCGCUAGGUGAAGCCACCCUGAGAACAGCACCCUCUGGUGACGGGCUGCAGUAUAGGUGAUAGGGAAGUGGAGAAAAUCCGGUCUGGUUUGAACCAUAUAGAAAUCGUUGCUGUUGCUCCUGCUGAUGAUUUUGUUUGUUUUUCUUGGUCCUUUUCGAAACCAUUAAAAACUCCUUACAGUAGCUUUAAAAGGACACACCUCUCUGAAACUGUACGAGCAUUUAACCUGCGCUUUGUGCUCACUGCUUUUUGUCCUUAAAGGCCACCGUUGUGGGAGGAAUGAGGAUAUCUGUAAAUAUUCCUGUUUUUGACUCACUGCACCUUUAAGAAGACGAGCUCAUACAGCCUUGUUUAAAAAAUAAAGACGUUUCUUCCUCUUACAGUAAAAAGACAAGAACUCAAACUCAGACUGAGACAUGUAGUGACCCCUGCAGCCUCUAGGAGCCGCCAACAGCUCUAUCUGAUAUUCCCUGUCCUGUAUCUCCCCAGAGAUCUCCCCCAUCUCUCUCUCUCUCUCUUUCUCUCUGUCUCUCUUUCCUCUCCCUCUUUCCUUCCUUCCUUCCCCCCUCCCCCCAGUUAUGAGCUGACUGCAGUGGUCGAGGUUCCGUCUCCCGCUGGGGGCUGUGAGCGAGCGAGCGAGCGUUCCUGCUUAUUCAGCAUCUCUUCACUCGUUCUUGCUUCCCCUCCUCCUCCUCCUCCUCCUCCUCCUCCUCUGUUUUCAUCCCUUCCUCCCAGCUUUCAUUCCCAGCAGGAUUCUCAGAGAGUCCAACAUACAUUCAUUAAUUACACACAUGCAACACUCGCCGUUUCUGCUUUAUAUUUAUAAGAAGAAGAAGAAGACGAAGAAGAAGGAGGAGGAGGAGGAGGAUCUGUAUCAGCAGUAUUAGACUUUCAGGACUGAGAUAAACGCCGGCCUCUUUAGAUCACACACUCCAGGUUUAUAUGAAACCUGAUAAUUCCAAUAUUGACGAGGCUGUCCUCCCUUUUCGGUGAGAUUUAAAGCAGCACAUUAAAACAGCAGAAGAAGAAAAACAACAAACUCACGCCGCCGUAAUGCUGCUAAGGCACAUUUGAGAUUUCUCAGGGCGGCUGCAUUUUUAUGUCUUCGUUGGGAGAAUAAAAGAAACAAAGUAAAACGGAGAAACAACAACCAUCGGGACGAUAAAACGCUGCAGGCUCUGUCUGAUGUGGAAGUUUUUUUAUUUUAAAAACAGGGAGAGAGAGGAGCUGAGAUCCUUUAUUCUUCUAUAAAACACCUCCUUAUAUUUCUUUGUUUUUCACGGUUAUCAGCACAAACUGAACUUUUCCAGCCAAGUAAAGAUAUCAAUCUCUUCUAUUAGAGUUUACCUGCGUUCACCUUUGAGACUCAAACAAUCAGAGACCAAAUUAGCGGUUUUUGCUGCAUGACGAGUGACAUUUGUUUUAAAAAAUGUUCAUUUUUGCUGCAGAAAUUUUCGUUUUCCUGUAUUUUCCAUUUUACACUCUAAGAAAACACAAAUUCAACAAGAAAACUCUGUUUUAAUAGAAUCAUUUUAAGGUUAUAAAUCUUUAAAUAAUCCUAAAUAUGACUGAUCCACACUGCUUUGACAAUCAAAAGACACUUUUUAGGCAAACUUGAUCUCAGAAGGUGAAAAUAAUAUUGAGAAUAUUUAGCAGUAUCUAACAGUCUUACUGGAGGGACGGUGGCCUUCAAGGACAAAAAGCUCCUGUGAUUCAUGAUAAGAAUAAUUUAUCUGUCAAAAAUGUCAAAAAAAAGAAAAAAUCACCGUCUGAUGCUCUUCACAAACCCGCCCACUAAACACAAGUUUGUCCAUUUUGUGCCACCGUAGAAUCAAGCAAAAGUGUUUUAAUAAUCAGGUGAUUUUACAUGAAUCUGAACAUAAUCAGGAGUUUUAAUUUCAUUCACACCUGCUCUGAUAAUUUCUGCUCAAACAGGAAGUCUUGUUUUUUAGUUAAAUUUAAACAACAUCCCACUUCUUUUGGUGACAUAUCGAGAACGCACAUGCGAGAUACUAAAUCGCACGUGCAAAUUAUACAAAAAAAAAAAGUUAAUGUCACUUCCCAGGCUCCGUACUUUUGUCCUCCUUUAUUAAACAAAAAAUAUAUGAAUUUAUAGAAUUUAAAAGAAACGACAGAGUCUUAACGACAGUGACGCUCUCCGUCACCUCAGAGGAGCUCAGGUAAACUCAGGUGGAUUCACACCUGAACGACUGCAGACGGCAGAUGUUGUGACUCGAACGACUGAUUCUGUGGUCGUCUUUGUAAUCCCUGCGUGAUCUCAGGGUAUUUCUCUCUCUCUCUCUCUCUCUCUCUCUCUCUCUCUCUCUCUCUCUCUCUCUCUCUCUCGCUCGGCCUUGUUCGGCUUUGAUCAGCAGACUUAUUGGCAUUUUUCUGACUCCAGCGUUUUCUGCAUGGCUCAGAUACACAGAGCUUUGCUUCACCGUCACCGACUCUCUCUCUCUCUCUCUCUCUCUCUCUCUCUCUGUAUAAUAUCUUCUGAUUUAUGAACCCACCCCAUCAUUCUCCCCUCCUCCUCCUCCUCCAAUCAUCAUCACCUCUCUUAUCUUCUGCAUCUCUGCGAUCAUUCCUCUGAUGGACAAUAUUUCUGUUUAUAAGACGUCCGCCGUGUCCGAUUAGACGAUUAGAAAACCCAUCAAUUAGACCGCACGUCACUCCAUGACUCAUCAUCACUCCACUUCCAGGAAAGAGAAAAACCCCAAAUUACCUCACAUCCUGCAGCACACUCAGCAAAGGGUUGUGUGUCUGUUUCUUUGGAGUCGUGUCGUCACGUUUCGGAUGAAAUGUGAAAACCGUGAUCUCGGGGAGGUGAAUGCAUGUGUUAUUUUGCAGAUUAAAGCAGCAGGAGGCUUCGGCCUGCUUCUAUUUUCACACAGAGAUGAUUUUGGGAUCAUUCGUUUAAUGACACGCUCUUAGAUUUCUGGAGUUCAAACAACCUUCCUGCUGAGAUUCACCAACUUCUGACUAGUUCUCACGCUGCCUGUAAAAACAUCGCACCGAGACGUUUGGACGACCAAAAAGAGACGAAAUAAGAGUCUGAAUUCUGAUACCAUCUCAGCCAAAACCAGGAUCCUUAAACUUAGAGCAAAGAAAACCAGAGAAAACUGGCAUUAAAGAGAGAAAAACAGCAGAGUGAGAGUGAUAAAAAAGAGAGACAGAGAGGGAGAGAUGUUGUCUGGAUGUUUUUGUGUAUUUUUGUACAUCUCCGAGAGGAACACAGGGCAGAGAUUGGGGAACAAGAGAGCUGAUCUCAGCAUCUUCUCCUUUUUUUGUCUGGAGGCCCCGAGUGACAGAGCGAGAUAAGUUUGAUUUUGGCAGAGAGGAGGAAAGUUCCUGCAAACUUCUGAGGGGGUGUCAGAGAAACCAAAGACUCCAGUGACGCCAAGAUUUUUAGAUGCGGAUAUCAAACGCUAGAUAUCAAAGUGAGCUGGACACUCUUAAGAAGAACGGAGGAGCAUUCUGAACAUACGUAGAUGUGCAGUAAACAUGUAAAUCUGUGCAGAAGUUAAAUCACAAGUAGAUCAUGUUCUGAAAAUGAAGUCUUAGUCUUAAUGCAGAAAACCUGCAGCACACACGGCCUCUUCAUCUUUGGAGGUGCAGCAAGUCGUUGCAAGACUCCGCCCACCCAUCAGGCUGGUGUUUGCUCCACCCACCAAAGUCAUGAAUAUCCAAAUAUUCACAAUACUCUCUCACACACACAUGCAUGCUGUAUCACACACGUCGUAACUUCAAAUUUAAAGCUCCUGUAGGGGGUUUUCUGUUUGGUUGCCCCUUGUGUCCUGUAUGCAUUUCUUUUUUUUUUUUUUUUUUGUAGGAUGGUAGGGGAAGGUCCUGCCCUCCUUUGCCUCUGAUUGGCUAAAAGUGCUGGGCUCAGAUUGGUUGUUCCUAAUGGCUGUGAAACGUCAUCGUCUGUUGGGUUAGGAUUAGGAGAUUCAGAAUUGCGAUACUGUUGUGUAAUGUUCUGUUUGAUGUACAGGACCAACAUCCCGCGUUUGGCUUCAGUGUGUGAUGAUGUUUCUAGCUUUUCUAGCCAAUCAGAGGUGAAGGAGGACUUUCCCCUACUAUCCUACAAAAUAUUGCAUCCUGUACAUGCAUCCUGCUGACCUAGGGCUGGGCGAUAUGGCCUUAAAUCAAUAUCAGGAUGUAUUGAUCAGUUCAUCUACAUAACGAUAGAUUGAUGACAACUACUCCACAAGCUGCUUUUUUGACACAGAAUAUACCCAUAUGGACAAAAUGACGUUGGUUAUUGUCGUAAAUUUUGGUGUCGGUAAAUUUUUGGUUUAUUGCCCAGCCCUAUGCUGACCUUUUGAAUUUAAGUGUAUUAUUUAUUUUGAAUGAUUUAAAAGGGAAGUGUAAAAACACACCAGUUUAAGGUGGUAAAAAUCCCAGUAAAGGUCGACCUGAUGGUCUUGUUUGCUGUUAUGUGAGUCUCGGUCUGUUUCAUAAACUUCAAAAACUCCUCACAGGAGCUUUAAUUCACUCUCACCCUUAUAUUAACCGUUUCUCUCUCUCUCUCUCGUAGGUUUCGGGACACCUCAUGAGCAGUGAGCAGGAGCAGCUGAGGGUGAGUCUGGAAACAUCUGUCCACGUUCACGCCCUCUUCAGAGCAAACACACUUUUCCUUGUGCAGGUGUGA